ACAUACACAUAAACCCCUACACUGGCUGCUGGUCUAUUUUUUAUUUUUAUCCACCUGUUUAAGCGCCUUACUGCUGUGUGUGCACACGCCUCUGCUCAAAGCUUUGGUAGGGGGGAGAAAACACCAUGUGAAAACGCCUUUUGCAUAAAUUGGCAAAGAGCUCCUCCAGUCAAUAUGAUCACCACCACCACCACCAACACCACCACAGCUCAGACACGUCAGAGCUCCUUCCGCCGCUGCUGAAUGGAUCACCAAAAAAAAAACCAUCACAUCCCCUGCAUGCUUUUGCGCAAAACCUCUUAUUAAUUUUCGUUCAUCUCUGAGGAUACAGCUGCCUUCCUGCAAUUUCUUGGUCACCUCAUCCACAGCGUAGACACUGAGCUGUGGCCAUGCCAAGUGCAUUGAUUUAAGACAAUUUGGACUCCAGAGACACAUUGCUGCUGGACGCACGGCUGGUCAUCUGGAAGGCUUUUUUUUCCUGCAACAAUUUGUUGCAAAAUAGUGAGGGGCGAAGACAUGGUGCCGGUACCGCAUCGGCUUGUCAUGGAACCGUGAGAACUUUCCUCUGGACUCCCUCCCCUUCCCCCCUCUUCUUCUUCUUCUUUUAGAUGAUUUUCAGCGGGGUCGUAUUUUUUGGGGAAAUUAUCUGCCGUUUCCCCCUUCCAUUAUGUUCACGUUCGCUGCCUUCUGCUACAUGCUGUCUCUGGUCCUCUGUGUGUCCCUGAUCUUCUUUGCAAUUUGGCACGUAAGUAUCCUACAUUAUGUGUAUUUUGAGCGACUGUUUCUUGUGUUUGAUGACCACUGUUUGAUCUGGUCAUCGGGGGGAAGCGUGCAUUCCUGGCGCGCAGGUGUGCGUGAUAAUAGUGCGUAACAAUGCCCGAUAGCCCAAAUCCGCCUUCAUUUAAUUGAAACGUGCAUUUAAUUCACACCAUGUCAUGUUGCAGGAUGUUGUUUUCUUUCUGUCUUUCUACUACAAUGCAGGUGAUCACCUGUUCACGGUUUCCAACGCUCCAUCGUCCAUCAUUUCCAGUACUUUGUCUCCACUUUACCAGCUUUUCUUUGAUAUUGCUACUGCAGGAUAUUUCAGUCAGAUAUAGAGAAAUGCCUGCAACCCUGUGCAGCACACAAGAUCAAUUAAAGCGCCUUGCUUCCAGAUCAAUUAGGAAAUCUUGUAGAGUGUAAUCUCCCCUCUCUCAUCUUUCCAGCUCUGUGCCCUCUACCUUUAAUCAAGCCCCAGCUCGGCUACACACCACUGCUAAUAUGACUGACUGUAAUAUGAUAUUUAAAUAAUCUAAUUAUUUGCUCCCUGAGCAACAUCUCCAUCAUGCAGGGCCUUAUGUAAAGACAGAUUUGGGUCAGGACUUUCUGCCUAUUGCCCAGAGACUGCUUUUUUUGCAUAGAAACAGCAGCAGACCUGAUGCACUGGGGGUGACUGAUACUCUGGUAUUUACACGGAAUAGUUGCUCUGCCUGUCUGUCAGCCAGGCUGUAGAAAAAGAUCUCAGAUUUUCAUGAUUCAUAAUUAAGGGACAAAGUCUACAACUCCAUUUUUCAUAUAAGAAUCCAGCGCUAGUGAAAGGAUCAGAAUGGAACACAUGAUUAUGUGGUUCAGCAACAAUCCAAAUUGCACUCGGCUUUUGCUGCAUUCUGCUUAAGACAGCAGAAACAGAGGAGAUGCCUCCUCCACUGAUUCUCCUCCUGUGACACACAGACAUGCAACAUAAUAUGCCUGGGAUCCAUAUAGCACAGUAACAUAAUUGGGAAGCAGCUCUGAGGUGGGAAUAUGAGAAGCGGUAGAAGUGUUGAGCAGAGUUGAGGCGGCACAUUAACAUCAGCCACCUGCCAAGUGCUGGGAAAUUUUGGCUGUUACACUUUCACUUCCAUCAGCUGCUCUGGCAGAUAUCCAUCCCUCUUACGCUUGUCUUUCUUUAAUUUGAAGAACUCUUUCACAGAGACACUGAAAACAAGGAAUCUUGCUGUCAAAAUGGCCACUUGAGCAAAAGGUUAGUUUUUAACAGCCCUAUGCUCAAGAGAACCAGUGUGCCAAAUUAAACUCAAUGGCGUUGACUAAACCAAAGUUAAAAGACCAUUGUUCUGUGUAUGAUUAUCAUGUUCCUAUCAUGUCAAUCCAUUUCUCUCAGAUGAAUUCUUAUUUAUUUAUUUUUUUUGCAGUGUUAAAAUGUCACUGCACAUUUUUAUGGGCUGCUUUGAAGAAGCUAAAUCUGGAAUGUAUGUAAGGAGCUGUCAGAAGUCAGGUAUCAUAACCUGAUAACCAGCAGUCCUCACCUUACCUAUCUUCCACGCAGGACAAGGAGCAAAGACAGGUCUUAUAUUGUCUAAUAUGAGUGUACAGAGCAUAUCUUAGGUUCAAAGGCAGCCCUGAUAAAGGCUUUUACUGUUACUGUAAGUUAAAAAAGAUGAGACAGGUUUUUAAUUUCCUUGUAGCUGCACAAACGUGACAUAAAAUAUAGGUCUCUAUAUUCAAAAACGGAGCAAAGUAGCACAGCUUUAAUACAUAAUAUGCACAUCAAGAGAUGACCUUUGAAUGAGUAAAGAAUUGAUCUGACUCUAACAUAUUAACAUCCAUCCAAUAUUAGUGUCUGAGUCAUGACAGUCAGAGGCUGACUAAUGACUCUGCACAGAUUAACCUCUAAUAUUAAUCAGCCAUAAUCAAUCAAACCCAUAUCCUGUCAAGUUAAUUAGCUCUUAUGCAUGCGCCCUGUCUGCACCUAUAUUAAUUUUCAGUGGUUUGACACAUUUUUCAUUAACUUGCUUUGAAGUAAGCUCAUAACAUAUAACUGACUGACUGAUUGACUUCUUUUUAGUCUCCUCUCAGUUACACCGACAGUUUAUCAUUCUCUUCUGAGAGCUUGUCUCAAGAAAAAAAAAAAACAUGCUGACUAAGUUUGUAGCAUUUGUUCAUCCUCUUAUCUUUGAGUCUGCUUGAUAUGCUACAUAAGAGUAGGUUUGCAUGAGUGACUACAGCUAGAAUCUGCAGAUUUCACUAAAACCUAUCUCUGAUACACUGGUAGCUAAACUACAAAUAGCAAAUCAUAACAAAUUUUCUAUUUAUUGCACUCACUAUUGUCCAUGCAGCACAAUACAGGUUGCACUUUAUUUGUUUUUUUUUUUGGUUAUAUGUACUGUUUAUUAUAAGAAUUCUUGAUUUGGCAUAUAUUGUCUGUCCUGAAUCAAUCACAAUUGGUAAAAAAUAACACCAAAUGCACCCACAGGAGCUCUCGUGAAAGCAAUUAGGAGGCUGUUUUAAUUAAAAUACAAAGGUGAACUGUCCCCUUCCCCCCGAGCCUGAUGGCUUAGUGCUUCCACAGUCUGACUCUGCCUGGGUGAUUCUCCUCCUUUGUAACAACAGUCCCUAAUGGGCCUGGAGUGUCAUUAAAGCUGGGAGUGAGCCACACAGUCCUCAGAUGCACUGUUGAUAGAUAGGAAAGCCCUGUGGUGGUGUGGAUAUGAUGCAGAGGUUGUCCUGGCAAUGUGGCAGGGGGGCAGAAUAGUAACUUACCACGCAGCUGGAGUUUCCGUUGUAUGACAGCAGUUGUGGUAUUUUAGUAAAUGAACCAUGCAAAUGCAAUGGGAGCAUUUAGUACGGCUGAUUUACAAAUGUCACCAGAAAUACUUUGGCUGUUUUUUCCCCACACACUUGGACCGUUUUUCUUUGAACUUUUUAACUAAUCUGUGGUGAUAUAGCCCACAGUUGUAGAACAGCGGCUGAUUAUUGACAAAUGAAACAGCAUUUUUGCCAAUUUCUACUUCUGAGCAGCAUUUAUCCUGGUAGAAAUAAAAUGGGAAAAUGGAAAUGGCCAUUUGUUAUGGCUGCGAACACAACCCUUCCAAGUGAACAAAGGCCAAGAGGAAAACAACUUAGAAAUAACGCAAAGUUAAAUUCAGACUAAAAUCCCCACAAAAAAAAAAAAAACUAAAACUAAAGGGUAUUACACAAAAUUAUGAUGGAUAGUUUUCUUUGGUAUUAGUGUGUCUCCAUUUUCAACUGCAGUUACUUUAAACCAGUUUUUAGUAGGGCUGCACGAUAAAUCGUUUGAGCAUCACCAUUGCGAUGUACGUGUGCGGGAUAGUAACAUCGCAGAGCCAGCAGUGUAGGAGGCAAACUCAUCUAAUUUUAAGGGUAGCUGACUGACGUAUACUCCAUGAGAUUCUGCAUGUGCUGGGCAGCGAUCCACCAAUCACAUUCGUUCUUUACUCAGUUGCCAAUCAGACCACUCUGCCAGCCGUCAAUCAAAAUCAGAGAGGAGGAAACCACGCCCCCGCACGUUCUGCACAUGAAGUGAGUCGCUGGCACUGCCGGUGUUGUGCCGAGAAACAUGUGUACGCUGAGAAUUACUUUCGGAACAUAACUCAUCACUGUUUAGCCCAACAAAUAAGAACUGUAUGGAUUAUAAAUUGUACAUUUCUAUUGACCACUCUACUAUAGGCAUUUUGCGAGGUGCAUGCAAUCCUCGGUGGGCAUGUGUUUCUCGGCAGAAUACCAGUAACAACAACAACGAUUACAAAAUGAGCAACGAACAAGAGAAAACCACCGAAAUUAAGACUUGUUGCUGAAAAGAAAAGGAAAGUCAGUUCUAUGGAAUUAUUUCGGUUACAAGAAGGAUGAUGUCGACCAAAACACGUGUUCUGUGUCGGCAGUGCCGUUCAUCUGUUGCCACAACGACGUCCCAGCACAAAACAAGCUAAAAAUAUCUCUAAGACAGCCAGAAGUCAUUCUACUAACAUUUACAAAAAGAGGUAAGAUCAGUGCAGGUUAACAAAAUUUCAACAGUGCAGCAUUGCUUAAAGUGCUAUUCAGGUCAUCUGGUGAAAAUUCCUGUAUUUUUUAAUAUCGCAAUCUAUAUCGCAGGGUUGAAAAAAUUGGAAUGUUAGUUUUUUCAAAUAUCGUGCAGCCUUAGUUUUUAGUAUCAGAAUCAGUCGAAGUGCAGCAGUUUGCAAUGCCAAAUCUGUCAAAGAAGACAGAAAAAGUUUACUGUGCGAAGUGUCAAGGAGGUCCCUGCUGUUGACUGUAUCAAAAAAAUUAACACAAUGUGUUGUUGUCCAGUAAUGUUUUUCAGUUUCAGCUUUAUUAACCACUUUUUUUCUGUUUUCCACACCUUAACUCUCACCUUGUCCCCGUCCUUUAUCUAUCCACCUGUUUCUGUCCCUUCCUCUCUGCAUGUGUCUACCCUGGUUGACAUUUUCCAUAAACAUGAAGAUCCACAAAACUUAAUUUAGUUCUUUAUUUCUUUGUUUGACCAUUGUGGGUGCACUGUGUGAUAGGGAGGCUUGUUGUACUGAAACAUUCAAAUGGAAACAAUGAUGGACCUGAAGUAAAAGUUGCUCUUUAAUGAAUUUUAGGAGGUCUUGCAGUUACACACAGUGUAAAAAUCUGUUUUUUUUUACUGUGCUUUGUCUUCAAAGCCCUUUACAUCCGGCCAAAUUUCAGUGGCACCUAUGAUAGGAGGCUGCCUAGUACUAUGCAGAUCAUGGGUUUGGUUUUGUUAUGGGCGAAUAUGAUGCAUCUAUUGGAAAAAUAGGAUUUAUUUUAAGUAGAAAAAUUGUGUGACUCCAUUUGGCACUCAGCCCAACCUUGAACCAGGACAUUUCUUCACUGUACUAUGACAAUGGCAAUGUAAACAAAGGUUCAUAAAUCUGAGCUUAAAAUCGAAUCCCUUCAACACCCAGUACUUAGAAGCAGUUAUAAGACUUAAUAGAAAUGCGCAAAUACAAUAUUUCAUAAAAUCAGAGAGAAUGUGGGAUGCUGACUGGUGUCCCCUCAAAUUCGCUUAGUACCCUGUGUAUAGCUUAACAUGGCCCUGGCAACCGAAGAGGAAAGCUUUGAGUCCAAACCACUUUUCUCUCCACCCUCCUUUCUUCAACUUGCCUUUUACUUAUUCACUUAAAUUACCACUCACAAAGCAAAGGCUGGUUCAAAUAACAUCAAGUCGACACCCCACAUCGGGAUUUCACGCACACUUCAGGAUGGAUCUGGAGGGGAACGGCGCGGCUGCACUGUUUUUUUUUUUUUUUUGCAUCCCCUCCUUUUUCCUCGGUGUGACUUCGCAUCACACUGCGAUUUUGACACGUACAGGGCAUUCACAGGUUUAAUAGAGGUGUCGCGUGAAUAAUCAUUCACACAGAACAACUGUAAUGCCUCCUCAUCUCAUCUGCUGCUGUCGCUAUGGUGCUCGGAUGAUGGAGCAAAACAAAAUGAUUUUACUGGUUGCUAUGUGAGGGAAGGAGGGUUGAAGAUUUUACGGACACAUAUUCGCAGUAAGGGGAAGUGUUGAGGGUUAUGUUUUGGGGGCAAGUGGUGUAUAUACUUUAAGGGUCCUGCUGCACAUUUGCUGUAAUGUCUUGCUAUACAGCGCAAGUGUGGCGAUCUUAUCCCUUGAGGCGGUUGUCAUUUUCACACACAGCAACCACAUUGUGUAAAAAGCACAUGAGCUCAGACCCAGAGGUGUACUGGUCUCCAAAUAAGUGAGUUCCAAAGGUGGCAUGUUGCCAUUUUGAGAACACUGAAAGCACUUUUGAUCUAAAUAUCCAUGGCACAUUACUUUCCUGCUAUUAAGAGGACGUAACUGAGUCAGUACAAAAGAGUUCACAAAGCCCAGUCCUCUGUUAUUUACACUCAUAGUAGUAGUAGUAGUAGUAGUAGUAGUAGUAGUAGUAGUAGUAGUAGUAGUAGUAGUAGUAGUAGUAGUAGUAGUUAGUAGUCUUUACUAAGACACAGCACUUGAAGGCACCAGUAUUUUCCCCUUGGCCCCACACAUCCUUGAUAUAGUAUGGGGCGGAUCAAGGGAUGCCAGAAAAAGAGGACACCCUCAAUGCUUUCUCCCCAGCCUUGUGUGCUUCACAGACUGCAGACCAAGACUGACACCAAGCUCUCUGUCACAUGUGCUCUCAAAUACGUGCACAGACAGACACAGACAGAUAUGCUCACACAACCUAAGUGUAUCCUCAAACAUAAACACUGAGUGUAACAGCACCUCCAGCAUACCUACAGAUUUUUGCCAUGUGAAAAAAGCAGAAAAAGCAAGUCAAAAGUAAACAUCUUACUCUUUCAUGCAAAAUAAACAAUAUUUUAGUUAAUACUAGCUCCUGUCCAAUAUUGUCAGCAUAUCCAGGUUUUGAAUGAUCAAACUGAACAUAAAUGCAUGUUUGCCUUUUUCAAUUUGGAAAGUCAACUCAUGCACGGGCAUGAUAAAAAAAAAUAUGACCUGUAAGUAGGGAUGUCCUGAUACAAAUUUUUGACUUCCAAUACGAUACCGAUAUUUUAGCCUUCAAUAUUGAUAGAUACCGAUAUUGAUCCGAUAUUGGCACAAAAUUAUGCAGGACAAGUUUUUCACUCAGCUGCAACAUCUUUUUCAGACUUGAACAGAAUACUGCCACAAGGCCAUCAUCACUCUUAUUCCUUGCUACUUUGUUAGUACCUUAGUGCACACUGUUGUUGGGAUUUUGUGGUCUCUGCCUGCUGGAUCAGGGCGCUGCUAGAUAGAGAAGUCGGAGCAGAGUCUUGAAUGGACUGCUUGUAUCAGAGUGCUGAUAUCGGAGAUUUUAGAUGCAGGCUGAUAUAAUCCGAUAUCCGUUUUUUUGCUUGUAUCGGACCGGUAUCUGAUAUCAGUAUUGUAUUGGGACACCCCUACCUGUGAGUGUUUUCUGUAUUUUCAGAAGCACAAUGGAAGUACAGAGGUUAUAUGUGCCAACUCAAUCUCAGUGUUUUGUUGAGGCUGAAAUGAACCCAGGAAAUAGUGAUUUGCCCGCCUGAAGGUGGACUUGACUUUUAUAAAGGCAGUGAGAAGCAGACACAUCAAUUGAUUUUGUUCAUGAUACUUUCAUACACGUUCAUGAGUGUACUUAUACGAGCGACUUAAUCCGUUCCUUUUGUGUCCUGUGCCUCACUUAUCAUCCAGAUUAUGCACUGCUUGACAAGUAAGCAGAACACACCCUGAUCCACUUUGUUCACUACACUUCAUAACCUGCAUUUCAGAUCAUUCAGUCAUAGAUACUAAAUUGAAGGAAAGACUGGAGAAAGAUAUUUCAUGUCUUGCAUUUUUACCUCAGCCGGCUUGAGGCCUGUUCUUGUGUUCUGCAACAUGUCAGACAUCUACAGUCUGUUGGGGAGUCACUGUUCAGGCCCCUGAGGGAAAGGACUGACUGACAAAGUCACUGGAAGAUAGAUGAAAGGGGGUGAGGCAAAGUGCCAAAGGAGGAGAAAUGACAGGAGCUGCAGGAGUGAUGGGAUGGUGGAGAAUAAAAAGGGGAAAGGCCAGAGAGACUACAGAUUUGUCUUACCGGAAGAUAAGUCCAGGACAGAUUGGACUGCGGGAUAAAUGUGGAAUAAAGUACAAAAUGAUGACGAGACUUAAAAGGAUGGAAAAGGCAGAUGCAAAGCUGUGAGUAGGCAGCUAAACAGAUGGGGGGGAGAUCAAAAGAACACAGGGUGAUAGGAAAUGCAUUUCAGUUCUCCGUCGGAGGGCUGAAGUUUCUUCGUAGCGUGAACAGGAACAGUCCUGAGAAGGAUCAAGCCUUUCCAGGAGACAGGCCCCUGACAACAUGAGACAUAAAAGUAGGAAGUAGACAAAGAGAUCAAGAACAAAUAAUUAACAAGAGACAGAAGAACAGACCAACUCUGCUCAGCAAGACAAGUCUGGUACUGGAGAGGGCGCUUUAAGUGCCUGCUCAUGUCUUUAGAAAGAUGACGAACAAUAUCCUUAAAGUUCUUGUUACAAAUGUGUUCAACUGUGUUUGAAUUGUGUGAGGUAGAUUUAUUAUCCUAAUAGAUUAAAUGAUCAUCUCAGUCAAAUUCAUGCAUAACAUUCUCAACAUGAGGUCUGCAUUCAGCACAGAGUUGACUGAAAAGCAAAUCAGUUCAGAUUUAGAAUUGGCUGCUUUGACUUUUGUUGGGAUAAAUGAUCUUUCCAGGCUUUCUGAUUGAAUUUCCGUUAAACAAAUCCAUUUAAUUUAUUUUUAUUCUGAAGGAUCGGCUAUACAAAGGGUACAGAGACAGAUACAAACUAGUUCAAUAAGGGAUUUCAGGGUAGACAUUAAACACUGAAAUGGACUUGAAAAGAUCUUGUCAUGAGAUAGUUCGAGGCGUUUUGUUGGUAUCUCAGCACUCUAGUUUUUGCAGUGAUUUGUUGGAAGAAUCAAGAGGGCAACACAUUAUUAGCCUUGUAGUUAAAUCUGUAAUAAAGACACACACAUGCAUACAGCCCUUCAACACCCCAGUCCUUUACAAACAUGUAUACUUAUAUGUUAAGCCCUUGUUUGUCUUUGUCUUGUCCUUUUUUUUCCCCUUUCACAACACAUCUGUGUAUUUUGUCUGUAUUUUUUUUUUUUGCCCCACUCAGAAAUAAUUAUCAUAAUAAAAAUGUCCCUUUAGAAAGAUACUUUUUACUAAACCCAGCAACUGCUACCACAGUUUUAAUACCCACUACAUUACUUGAUUGUAAUUGGUCAGAGCCACAUAGUAACAGAGUUUACUUCUCAAAUAAAAAGAGAGUGACACCAAGGACAACCGGAUCAGACAUGCCAAAUCAAUCUACAGGAGAGGUGUGACAUAUGUCAUCUUCACACACUGUGGCAAAAAAAUCAAACAGUUUUUUUUUAAUAAUUGUUCAUAGAAAAAUAUUAAAAGGAUAUUAAGUUAGGGUGAAACACACUGUAACAACAAGUUAGGCACCACAUCGAGAGAUGAAUGUUGCCGACCGCUUGCUUCUCUAGUUAUACCAACUUUAGUAACGGUUGCACGAUAGCAAUACACAGCGGUCUGAGGAACCAUAAACAAACCUCAACCAAAACGCCACUCUAUAGCCACAAAUAAUGCUCAGAACAGCACCUAACUUCAUCAACAGUACAUAUAGGGUCCCAGCAACAGCACUAGCCACCAAACAACUUUUUAACUUUGACUGAUUUUUUUAGCAAAGGGACUGAACACAACUCACCUACUCUCUUCCAGUUGUAUUGAGCUGUGUCACCCCGCUGCAGUCCAUAAUGGACUCGUCAGAUAGAUAGAUAGAUAGAUAGAUAGAUAGAUAGAUAGAUAGAUAGAUAGAUAGAUAGAUAGAUAGAUAGAUAGAUAGAUAGAUAGAUAGAUAGAUAGAUAAUCCUUUUGCUAAUGAAAUCAGGCAAAGUUAAAGAUGUUUGGUGGCUAGUACUAUGGCUGGGACCCUAUAUGUCCUGUUGAUGAAGUUAGGUGUUGUUCUGAGCAUUAUUUGUGGCUAUAGAGUGGCGUUUUGGUUGAGCGUGUGGCUUCUGGGACCGCUGUGUAUUGCUAUUGUGCGACCGUUACUAAAGUUGGUAUAACUAGAGAAGCAAGCGGUCGGCAAAAUUCAUCCAACAUUUGGGUUUUAAAAAUACAGGAGGACUGGUGCAUUAGCACCACAAAGUGUAAUAUGGGAAUAAUUAAUGACCAAAAAAUGGCUGAAGUGAUGUGUUCAGGGACUAUUGUCAUACCCUGAAACUGAGUUAUAAACUAGACUGUGUGAGUGUGGAGAGGUGUCUCACUGUUUUUUUGGAAGAUGAAGGAGAUGGCUGUCCUCCAUUCCUCCCUCUCUGCUGUGAUGUUCAGCAGAGAAGGACAGAUUUUUCUGUCCUUCAGGUUGCGUGACCACAUUUGGGGUUCUGAGGGUCUGUGGAGGCGAGGAUAUCAGUGCUUAGUCAAGAGGAGACAACAUUCCUCCUCACCUCCAUUUGUCUCCCCUCUCUCUUUUAUAGGCUUCUCUUAAAAAACAUCCCAGUGGCCUGACAGUCAGACCCUGGGAGUGAUUUCAGUCACUUUAAAGCGGUAACCAGAUCUGUGAAUCUAUCCGAGCUGUAGCUGGAUGCAUCUCUUGUGCACAGGGGGGAUGUAGUUGCCAUUUUUUCAGCUUUGAAUGUACAAUAACGGCGUGCUUUUUGUUGCAUACACACAGUCUCUGGAUAGGUCGAGCCCCUAAGCCUUUGAACAUCGACAAAACUAUAAAUUGAAACUAAAAGACUUAAGACAUACACACAUUUUCACCACAUUUUCACCUUGUACUUGUACUUGUAACUCCAUCGCUAGAUCGACAGACAAUUCAAUAAAAAGAAAUAUGGACGACAUUUAUUAAUGGCAAAUUCGUCACUGCCAGCAGAGGACAUCUUCCUUUGAACUACCUACCUUGACAUGCUUUCUCAGGCUGGAUUUGACAUUUUUGAAGGCUGUGAUAAAGUAAACGGAGCAAACAUUUCAAAUAAUAUCAGAUAUUCUGGUCAUGGGUGCUGAAGUGGAGAAUCUGCUUUUAUCUAUUCAAUCUGUGUUUGCUCUGUUUCAAUCAAAGAUACUCACCAGCAACACUGCUUGGACAAACUACACUCAGAAUAACACGAACAUGUUUAUUGACUUUUGGAUAGAAUGUAAAAAAAAACAACAAAUCAUCGGCUGUAGCAGAUAAUGAGAACACUUUGAUAUUGUAGAGUCAAAAGUACACUAUUCUUCUUUAAAAUGCAGUAAAAAGUAAUGAGUCUGCACAGAAGUGUGCUUAAAGAUACCUCGCUAGUCUACUAAUGAAAAUCAUUUUUCACAAUCAGCCAAGUCAUGAAAACUGGAUUUUUACAGCAAAAGUCCGGGUCCUCAGCUGCGUGUGAUUUAUGAUUUUUUUAAACGUUUUUUUCAAAAUUUAAUUUCAGUUAGCGUGGGAAUAAUAAUGCUACAGUCAUCACACGUUAAUGUUAUGCCAACAGGUCCAGCAGCCUAAUUAACUCAUUAUUCACUGAGCUGUAAUUAUCACAUAAUAACUGUUGGGUGUCAGACUAUAAUUUAUUUUAGUUGGCUGAGGUUUGAAUGGCAGGUCAUUCUUAGAGAUGGUGUAGGCAGUGCACAAGCUCUCUGCUACCUUUAAUCUUCACUCGUUGGCGUUCCUCCUCAGUGCUAUACCGUCCUCUCUGCCCCACUUAAUGACAUCCUCCAUUCACCUUUUUAGACUUUCCAUGUUUACUGAUCAAUGAAGACCCUUUAAACUUGGAAUCCGAGAAAAUAGAUUUAGAGAAAUGUGCUUGAAAACAUGAUCAAGGUGCCUUAGUAAGAUAUCAGGGGGAGAAAUGCAGAGGUGAUACAAUUGAUUGUAAUCUCAGUGAAGCAAACAGUCAACGGAGCUUUGUGGCACCAUGCACUAGAGGCUGUAAUGGAGGUGGUGCUUAGUGUAUAGCCGGGUUAGCUCAGCAUUGAUCUGUGUUCAUUAACCCCUGCUGGCUCCUCAUCCAUCAUUCUGACUACACUGUUUCUAUUGUUCAGUGUGUACAAUGUAGGAUUGCAGGGGCAGUUCUUUUUCACCCUUUUAUCUGAUUUGAACUCCGGCUUGAUUUUUUUGUCAUUUGAAAGUGAAUUCCGGCUGGAGUUUUGUACUUCGAACUGUUUUUGAACAUUUCUCCGGGCUAAGUGAUCAUACUUGGGGCGGUUUUCCUCCACACGAGUUAGGGAGAAUCUACUGCUUUUUUACAAUGGGGAAUAAAAUCAAGUGCCAGGAGGAUGAGCAACACCAGCCACACUGCGGUUAAUGCAAAUCAGCAGGAUUUCUCGAGAUUGCUCUAGGUUUACGAAAGAAAUGUGUUAAUGAUUCAUUUUUGAUUGCAAAGAUGAUCAUCAUACGAGACACAGGUCUGAUUAGCUGCUCAGUGCUGUCAAUUACAAGCAUAUAUAUGUAGUGAAGUUUGUCAAAAACGAGAUCAUUCACAUGGUAAUUUAGUGGAAUGUAGUGGUAAAGUUUUGUCAGACGGAGAGAUGAUUAGUUCAGAGGCAGAGCAUGUUUUAAAUCAUAAAAGAUAAGAUGCAUCUAAGACUAAAAAAUAUCAGUUUUUAAAGAGCUUUAUAGAGCUACAUAAAGUCUUUACUCAAAUUAUCAUGACUUUUACAGCAGAACCUGGUGUGUGUGUGUGUGUGUCUAUCUUUCUAUCUAUCCAUCCUUCAAUCCAUUUAUACAGAUAGACAACAACUAUUCAUCAAAGUGUCAUAAUAGAGCUGUUAUUGUUUCCUCAUGCUUCAGCAGCUAUCAACUGCAUUUCUAAAAGCAUGCGCUACAGUGCAAAAUCAAGUAUGGCAAAUGUUAGGUCCUGGGUAAUGUGAUCUAAAUGAGGUUGUUGUGUUAAAACAUAAUAAGUCUGGUUGGAAAUGAGUAUAACUACAGCUGGGGUAGAUAUUGCAUCUGAAAAAGUUUAUUUCUGGUCAUAAUCAAAUACCAAAACAUUAAGCGAGCAUAUGUGAGCGUUUUUUUUUUUGUUUGUUUGUUUGUGAAGCCUUCUGGGGCAGGAGGACAGACUGUCUCUUUUUUUGGUGCACUUUAGGUAUCAAACGGUGAGGGUUUCUCUGAACUACCAAAUGUGUUGGAGCAGAAAAUAACCAGAGUAAGAGCUUUGAUUCAAGCAGACUGGUUUGGUUUGGUUUGGUUCCGGAGAACCUGAUCUUUCUCUUCUGAUUGCCAAGUGUACCCAGCAGCUUCACGAACAAAGUGUUUUGGUUGGAGUAGGUAGUGCGUCUUGUGUCAGCAUCACAGGCUGAAAUUUUGAAAGUAGGAGGCUUGUCCAUUCUUCCCAUGAGCUCCUCUGAACUCAGCUGAAAUAGUAAAACGAUGAGUUGAGGACUGAAACUGCUAAAUUUGUAUGCACACACAUCACCAAGGCUAGCAGUGACACUAAAGCUACAAAUGAACGUGCACUAGGGCUGGGCAAUAAAACGAUAAUGAUAUAUAUAUAUAUACUGAAAAUGAAUUUCCCUCGAUAUCGAUAUAAAACAUGGUCAAUAUGCUUUUUGAUAAUCGGCAUUCUGCCAUGUAUUGGUAGACUAUACAAAUAGCCAAUGAAAAGGGGAGUUGCUCCGGGUCAAAACAGCUGACCAUUCCGCUUUCUCUAGCUCAACACCUUACGACAAAUCGUCAAAGAGACACAAAGAACUCAAAGAUGCCGAUGGAAGGCGGAACCAAGUUGUCCAUAGUAUACAGUCUAUGGACUAAACCUGAAACCUAAGUUUGACUUAUUUUCAAAAAUAUUUUUUAAAAUAAUUGGCUGCCUUUCUCUUUAUGGAGUGGAGCGGCGCUCUCAUGCCCCCUAGUGACCACUUGCCAUAGUUUAAACGUAAAGUUUUAACCAAGAUGAAUCUUUACUCUAUUUUAUUACCAACUGCUAGUAAUGCUGAUAAAGCCUCUGGAAAGUCAUCUAUUGAUAUUGGAAAAAGGCUAGUACUGACCCGCAGCACCCUCAGUUCGUAAGGUUUACUGAUGGCCUAGAAAUGUAUAUGUUUUUUGAUGUAGCCUCAGUCCCUCUCUGAGAGCCCUGACAGCUGAAUCAUGCAUACAGAGUGCUGAUGUAGACGUUUUCUGGAAGGAAGGGAUUUGUUUCAUUUGAUCUCGUCACAGUGGAGAAGGAGGUUAACUGUGCCAGCAGUGUUUAUUAACAUCAGAGUAGCUGCCUUCUCCAGCUGUCUCCCCCUGCCAAGGUGUUCAGCACAGAUACAGGCCGACACUGACAGGAGCAUGUUAGCAAUGAAAAUGCAAGCCAACUCCAAGCACAUGGACAUCCAGUGACCUCUGGGAAGUCUGCCUGAGAGGGGAUGUUUUUCUAUUUUUUAAUGUGUUUUUUUUUUUUACAGUCCUGAAGAUCUCUGAUUGCCGAUUUUUAUUUUGCAACGCUCGCCUGAGCCAGAAGCUUUGCUUUAUAAUUUGUCUUUAAGGGCUUGUAGAUUUUGCAAAUCACUGCCAGUCAUUUCAAAUGCAUUUUGCUGAACAUACUGAAAAAUGAAAUGAAACCAAUAUAGGAUCUCUCUAUUCCUGGGUAUGUAGAUGCUGCAUUUUAGUCCUAGAAAUAAGAUGAACAUGUAAUCCUCCUUAUGGGCAAAUUGAAGAGCCUGUGUUGUAAAGUUUGUAUCACGCCUUUUUGUGAUGGCAGAUGAACGGACGCAAUGCAUAAAAAUGGUCUGAGUUAUUCAAAUGUCAAUUGUCUUAUGCAAAUGAGACUCUGUGUUUGGAACCUGCUUCACCAUGUUUUUAAUUGUACGACCGAGGUUAGUUAGAAAUGGUUGUGCUGAAAAUUGACCUAAGUUGAGUGGGCUUAAAACCCAAUGAAUAAUUGAGACAAGGCUUUGAAUAAUUAAAGAAGACCUUGUAGUCUCCCACAUUAUAGCGGAGGUUUCUCUGAUUGCUGUUGUUGUUUUUAAUCUUGUUCUUUUCCAAAUGAAUGCCUUAAAGGCCACACGGAGGGAAAAACAUGUUUAUGGAUUAUUAUGGCCCCUACAAAUUGAAUGACUUUUAAAAGAGCAAAAUUUAUACCCAGACCACAAAAUGUAACAAACCAAGCAACAUUGAUCUCUCUGUUCCCCUCUGUUGCAAAAACACACUCUCUGCAAGGUGUUAAUCCACAAGCAGCCAUGGUCUGCUUUGAAACACGCUGUUUUUGUCCAAUUCUGAGUGCCUAGAGAGAAGGAGAGGGUGCCAAUUUGUUUUUCUGCCUCUGCCAGCCAACCUUGACUUCAAAGCAAUCUGUCAAAGUCAACUUACACACCAAACUAGGACUGAAUUUGCAAACACAAACCCAAAGCAACUGCCAGCAGAUAUUAAGCAGGACUCACCCUUGAAGCAUAUUGUGGAUUUGAGUGUUUGGUCUUGUGGUCUGCAGCUCAUGGACAAAUAGGACUGAAUUAACAACUUCUGUUCAAGAUAGAUACAGUUCUGUUGUAGAGAGUCAGGAUUGUCUAAAGUGAGUUAUGAAGUCUAAGUUUACAAUUGAAGCAAAAUAUUGAGAGAUUGAGAUCAUGGAUACAAUCGAUUGGUGACAAUAGGUUGUCGAAAUCCAGUUGAGUUAACUGUGGGUAUGUUCGACCAUCUAAUUUCCUUGUUGUUUAAAUGGAAUUUGUAAUCCAACUAACCGACUAACCUUAAAGGAAGGAAACACUCAAAAAACAGUAAAGACUGAGCACAACAUACCCGAAACAUCUGAAAACAGGAUCAUAGAGUCUGUGGGUGAACCGUGCCAAAUUGGUUUGCUCUCUGUUGCUAAUAUUAGCUCUGUCAGCAUCACCAGCCUUUGGUCCCCCUCCAGAUCGACGUUCAAAAAGCCUUUUCUGGUUUCCAUAUUAUGUGUGUAUUCACUAGUUUAACCAGACACAGCCCACAUCAAUCUUCUAAAUCAAAAUAUGGCCAAACUCCACCGUGCUACAAAAUGCCAGUGCUUGUUUGCAUCCGGGUAGUAGAGCAUUAUUGGGCGCUCACACCAAGUGCGAGUAAAAUUAUCUACUCGCACUUGGUGUGAGUGAAUCUAGAUUUAUGAAUGAAUAGUAUUUACUCAUAUCAUUUGCGCGUCAUCGGGAAUUUCAAUGGUAAUCUCUUCCAAUUCAACCAGCAGGACGAAGUGAUAGACAAACGAUUUUUCAAUUUACCGAGUAUCUGACCUCUUCACUCACUUGCCUCCAGGUGAGCUCCUUUUUGCUCCGGUUUUGGUAAAUGAAAGAAAAGGUAUCAUUUAAUCCGGGACACGCACACCCCGACAUGAUCAGUUUGUCCUCCAUUUUAAAUACCAGUGAACAACCGUCCAUUUUCAUACAUCAGCCGGCAACCUUUAUGCAGUAAUUGCAACGCAAAUAUCUGCUGAAGUUGAGACAUGUUCAGCUCAUGCCCAAUUCACGUCAUUCCCGCCCGGAGUAGUAGGAGCGUCUAUGCAUUGACUUAACAUGUAAUUCAUUUACAUGAAUGAUUUGGAGACAGUUAUAGCUUGGAUUUAUUGUCCUUAAUAGUGUUAGGUAUAUGUUGACACAACCGUUGACCAGAGUUUUGGAUGUAGGAUUAUUUAAAUUCAAUAACUCCCAAGUUUCAUUUCGAAUAGAGCAAAGACAUUGUACUAAAUGUCAAUGCUGAAAAAUUUUAUUGUUUUUAUGAGAAAUGUAGGCUUAGCAACAGGCUUUAAAACUGUUGGAAUUGAAAAAAAGUUGAGUAAAGCUAAAUUGAACUUCUGGAAGAACAUCUCCCAAUCACCAAUCUGUGAGUGACUGUGUGAGCAAAUAGUUAGUCAAUGAUACAAUAAUAUUCCUUAGUGUAAGAUUGCAAAGAAUUAAGGUAACAGUACAUAAUAUCCUUCAAAAAUUCAGGGAAUAUUAAGAGAUCUCUACUUAGAGGACAAAGCUGAAAACUGGUGGAUGAAUAGCCAGUAUUUUUUCAGGCCUUCAGGCAGCACUGCAUCGAAAGAAGACAUGACUCCUAAGUGGAAAUCAUUGCUAAAAUACCUAAAAAGUGGCUUCACUGGAAUGAGUUAGAGUAAAGUCUAAAGAGAAAACUCUGAAUUAGAGUGGAUUGAAGCCAAAUGUCUUUCAGAUGUCCUAUUCUCUAACCGUAUUUCAGCCAAUCACAUCUCAGCAAUAUUGUCAAGUCUCCAACGAUUGUUUGUAAGACAGCUAAAAUAAACAAAUUCAGAGCAGAGGUGCUCUAAAUUUAAUGAUCCUUUAAGCCUGACAUCCACUUGGAGAUCCAGUCUGUAAUCUUCUUCCCAUGUGGUGAAGACAGGUGUACAGGAGAGAUAUUUCUGCUGCACUAUGAUUGUGUGCACCAGUACACACACUCUUUCUGUACAUGCCUAGAUGUGAGCACCCAUGAAGACCGUGUGUGCAUAUGUGUGUGUGUGUGUGUUUCUGUCGCCCAUGAGAAAUAGCCUGGAGGAGGUUAACACAGUAACAGACCGAGGCAAUGAGCCAGGAUCACAGUUGGGAUCCACUGGGAAAUAACAUGUAAAGAGCUGCCUGACAGUGCGGGGGCGAGCCCUGGGAAAUAAUCAGGGAUUGGUGCAAACCUCUGCUGUCUCUGAUGUUAAUUCCCCAUUCUGGGCAAACACACAUUCACAUGUACAAACCCACAUGUCACUGAUUCCUCUGUUUCUUUCUUCAGUGCCGAAAAAAACACCCGAUGAGUGGUUGUCCUUUUUGGCCCCACACAUAAAAUAAUGCUACCCUCACAUCUUACAGCUUUACGCACUUAUAUCACGACUCUUUCUCUCAUAUACUUCCCUCCUGAGGCUCAACUCGUCAAGAAAUGACAUCUGUCUUUGUAGUGCAGUUGCCUCCAUUGCAACACAGAUGAAACUGUUGUGAAUAUUUGCCUUGAUUCGUCAUUACUUGAUAUGAUUACUCAAAGCUUUUUCACCGUGCAAGAUCAAAUGACUCCAAUCCAAGAGGUUCGGAUGUCUGAGUCUCUUGUAAGUUUUGGAUCUCAGGAUAGAUUUGUUUAACUGGGGCCGAUUGUACCGCUGAUGACAAGGAGGAGUUGGCUCUUAAAAUCAAGGAUGUGGGGACACAAUCUCUCCUUGUAAUGGCAACUUCAAGAACACUCGAGCCACAUACGGCGUCAGUGUGAGAAGUUGAUGAGAGUGCAGCAGGUUGAUCACACCGUUAAGCAGAUGUGUCACAGUUUGCCUCUCCCAUUCACUCUCACCCUCCGCUCUUUUCAUUGCCCUCUCUGGUCCAAUCCAGCCCUCCGCACUGACAGACUCACACACUUUGAGGCAUGUUCUCACUUUGUGUGUGAGGGCUCAGGGCUGUUCCAAUGUCAAAUCAUCCACUGCAUGAGGGCUCUGAUGUGGACAGUUCAAUGCCUAAACGGGUCACUUCUGUGGGUCUCUUUAUCAGCAGACUUUCACAAGGAACUUGCCCCUUAGUUUCAGAGUAGAUGGACUGCACUUUUUUUUGCUACUUGUGCCACUUACGUUGACACUAAUACAUUUAUUCCAUCCUCCCAUCUCUCCAUUUGGUGCACCCUUGUUUCCUCUCUCUAUUUUCUUGACCAGGACAUUGAUGAAGGUCUUGUCUUGAUCGCUAAAUUGUUUGACUGAGAGGAAUUUUGUGGAUGCCUCAUGGGUAGGGCUGUAACCAACCAAAGAAAUUCUUGGCUGACUAAAACACUUAAAUUUUCGACCAAAAAUUGACUAAUAUGACUCUGACGGCACACCCUUCAACAGCGGGGGACGACACGGCUCAGUGGAGUCUUUAACAUGCAUGGUAGAGGAGGUCACACAUUAGAGUUGAAACGCUCAAAAGAAAAAUAAAUAUUCAGCAGACUACCUGACGUUGAUUAACGUAAAUGACCUUCAAUCCUCCUGUCUCCCGCCGGUCUCCAUUGGGUCGGGCAAAUCCAAAAUGGUGAAAACAAGGGUGGUGUUCUGAGACAGGCUGUUACCUGUGAAACGAGGGUGCUCCGAAAACACUCCCAUUGGAACUUUGUACGCUACUCCUGAUGAAAUUAACCAUAGACUGUAAAUUGACUCGGAAAGAAAUCAAGUUGACCAAUCAGAAUUUUGGUCGACUCAGCACAUAUCGACCAAUAAAUAGACCAGUCAACUAGGACCUAACAGCCCUACUUUUGGGUAUUUAUGACUUUAAAGUUCCUUACACACCAGGACCGACGCGAAUAUAUGACGUGAAAUUACGAAAUAUUCGCAGGUGAAUUUUAACGCAUCUGACUAUACACAUCAAGCCCAAUGUGAUUUUGCGACUUUCCGGGGGGAAAAAAGACGUGUCCUGGGUGGAAGCCAGAAGACUGACACAACAGCAGCCUGACUGUCUUUCAGUUCUGUUUAGACACUAGUGUUGAGAUGUCUGUCUGUCAUGAUAGCAUGUACUGAGUUGGGGCCAGUAGCAGAUAAGCACAUUAAAAAAUAAUCCAUAAACAUAAGGUAACAAUCGAGACCUAAUGGUGCUGUGACAGCAACGCUCUGAUUAAGUUUGAGACAGUGAAAAUACAUAUGGUAUGUUGUAUCUGAACAGGUUAGCUUACGAGCUAAAGUUACUUAGCACAGAUGAAAGUUAAAACAAAGACGUUUAGCAAACUGUUAAAGCACACAAACUAUCGUCAUAUGAGAGAUCCGAAGCUACGACUCUCCACAAGUUGUCCUUCAGGUUGUUAUCUUUGUAAUGUUUGUGUCUUUUAUCAUAAAGCACUCUGUUCUCCGACAUGUAAACAAUCAGCCGGUCAGCCAUGUUGGAUAUACCGGUGAAUCAGACGUCACAACAACACGCAGUCUGAUUGGUCAGAGAUGGACACACAGUAUGCGAAACUUUAGAGUAUCACAGGACGGGAAAACGUUGCUGAUGUGAACGCUUGUAUUGACUAGAUACGGGUCGAAAAAAAAUAUUGACGUCCGAAAUAAUCGCAUGAAAAAAACGCUCCCGGUUUGAAAGAACCUUGAAAGAGGGACACAGACUGAUUACUUAAAACUGAUAUCUGAUAGCGAUCAUGAAAAACAGCAGUGGACUGUAACAUAACAGACACAUCAUGCAGUUGUGCCCAAGGCUUGAAGACCUCCAGCACAAUGCUGGAAAUCUGGCUCCAGAUUUUUAUUUUUUUCUAAAUCAUGUCCAAAAAGGCAUAAAAAUUUUUCAGGCACAGGAUUUUUUUCUGUGUCAAGCCCUGUGUGCCACUCCUUGUAAUUGUUCGGUAUUGCUUUGAAAUGACCACCCUGUCGCUUGGCUGUCUCAUUUCAUAACUGUUUGAUGUCUCCCUCUUUGUGUAUCUUAUUUGCUUUUAUCAAGUUUUUGAUUACACGUUCGGAGUGGGGGGAUUUUUUUCUGUUUUAAAAAAUUCCAAAUCCAGUGAGGAAAAAAAAUAUUUCUGUCAUGACAUUUAAAGGCAGUUACUCACAGUCAGGCCUGACACUUUUCUGCCAUGUAUCUGCUUAAUAUGACGUGAAGUCUGUCAACUUGACAGGUUGUGUACCAAAAUUUCUUCUGACUCUUCUUGUUAUUGUCCUGUCUUCAGGGGAUGUUCACAUUAAGUUUAACGAUCAGACCCUUAUUUUUCUGACACCACAUGAGGAGAGGGUUGUUGAGAUUUCUCCACCCCUGCCUCCACCCUCGUCGGCCCGGUAGUAUUCUCACAAUUUCCCAGACUCCUUUUCCUCAAAGCCUUCCACCUGAAACCCCAGACUUUUACUCCAGAUGUCCUCAGCACAUUCUUAAUUCCUCAACACAUUGUAUGUCAAUUGUAAAAAUGAAAUGUAAGUCAUAUCUGGAACCAGAGACUGAAGCAGCCAUCAUCCUGUCAAUGUUCCAUAGAAACAAAAUAAUGAAAUGACUAUGAAAAAGAGCAUCAACUAUUUUUGCAGUGCUUUCCAGCUCCCCUGUUGUGUUGUGGCAGACAACCCGAAACACCUCAGCUGAAAAUGUAAAUCUAUUCUGAAAGGCUACAAAUAUAGUGCCACCAGUAAAUAAGACACAAUCUGUUUGGAGGUGUGGAAAUAGGUUUAAACUGUGUUUCACCACCAAAAGAAAUACUGAUUUCCUACAGAAUUGACAAAAUUUAUGAUGAAUAUCCUGAGAAUUUCUAAAAAAAAAAAAAAAAAGCUCCGUCAAUCUAUAAGCCUGAAUUUGCAAAUAUUGUGGUACUGUAAGUGUUGGCAAACGAAAAGGGUUGGCAGUAGGGCUGUAAAGUCGUGGUUGACUGGUCAACUUAUUGGUCAAUAUGUGCUGAGUUGAACAAAAUUCUGAUUGGACGACUCAAUUUUUUCCACGUCAGUUUACAGUCUAUGAUAAUUUCAUCAGGAGGAACGUACCAAGUGUUAAUGGGGUUUAUUUCAGAGCACCCCCAUUUCACAGCCUGUCUCAGAACACCCCCUUGUUUUCACCAUUUUGGAUUCGCCCAACCCACUUGAUCGGCGUCCGGUGGUUUGCUGAAUAUUUACUUUUAUUUCGAGUGUUUCAACUUUCAUCAUGUUUAAUUGUCUUCUUGGGUUUAUAUCAGUAUAUUUUCACCCUGCCGCGCCGCGCCUCACCGAGCCGCGUUAUCCCCUGCUGCAGAAGUGUUGGCCGUCAGAGUCGGACCCCCAAUUUCAGGGUUAUCAUCAACCAUGAAUUUCUUUGUUUGAUUACAGCCCUAGUUGGGAUUGUCCACAAACUUCAGCCUGUUUUAAGCCCCUGUGAGGUGGUUUAGGCUGGUUUGAAAUAGAGUGAAAUGAAUACUUAAUGCUGUCCUAUAUUUGUUUCAAUUACCUCCAGGAGUUACAUAAAGCAUUUGAUGAGAGCAAACACAUCUUCAUCAAAUUUUGUGGGCAGUAGCAUAAGCACUGGAAACGUGUUUUAAAACAGAGCAGUAUUUGAACUAAACAAUAAAAUGUACAACAAAAGAAAAAAAUCAUUUCUUUUCCUGCAGCAGGAACAGAAAUAAUCAGUAAGCGGUUCGUCUUACUUAUGAGAAAUAGGACAGUAAAUAUUUAAAAAGUUAUGAGACUACUUUGAAAAGAUUUUGAGAUAUCGAAUGUGUUACAUGUCGCAGUUUUAGCAGCCCUACAGAAAUGCUGUCCUCUGAAGCCCAGAAACAUGUACAACUAUUGGCUGUAGCAAUAUGCUUUCAAAGUGAGAAAGAUCAGUGAUUGUUCUUCUGUUUUACUGAUUAAACAUUCAUCACCUCUUCUUCUCCUCUUCUUCUCCUCUUCUCUCUCUCUCUCUCACAGAUAACAGCAUUUGAUGAGCUCCAGGCUGACUUCAAGGUGCCGAUUGAUCAGGGCAAUCCACUCCAUGCAGUAGGUUUCCUUCUUCUCCUUUUUUCAUAUACUUUCUCCAUGCGUUUCUUGAACUCAUGUCUUAUUGUUUCAGUGCAGAUGGCAAUGGUUGGCUCACAUUGCGAAAAUCAAUUUGUUUAAGGCCAAACACAUGACAGCACAGCAGGUGAUUUUUCAUCUUGUCUUUCUGCCUCUCCCGGACUAUAUUCCUUCCCUCUGUCCUCUUUCUUCAGCAUCAAUUUGAAAUCAAGCAGCUGCCAAUGCUCUAGUUUUGUCUGUUUUUCUCUCCUCUCUCCUUUUCUCAACAGUAGACUUGUGUUUCAACGCUUCAGGCCAAUUUCAUUAGAUAUGAAUGAGUUAUCAUUAUUAACAAACAUAAGGAAUGAGAAACAACCAAAGCUUCUCAAAGAGCCCACACUUAGUCCGAUCCUGCACGUAUAACCAUCCCUUGAGCGAGUCGUGUAUAACCUUUUUGUUCUGAUCUAAACUCUAAUCACUGCAGCAGAUGCUAUAGACUCAGUUUAGAACAAAAUGUUCCUAAAACAGUUUCACCCAGGUUGGCUAUCAGCUCUACAAGCUGCUGCUUCUAGCAGAGAUGAUCACACACAAAAGUAACAUUUAUCAGCAGCUCAAAGUUUAAAUGUCAUGUCAUGUCCUGAGGUAACAUUGAGGUGUUCUCAUAUAUUGGAAUAGUUUGCAGGGAUUCAAGGAGAGAGAUGGAUCUCAAAGAAUAACAGCUGGCAUCAAUAAUAUGAUAUCUGUCUAAAAGCAUGUUAGAUCAUGACCCCAGCGCCUUGUGGAUCCCAAACCAAACUAAGAGCCUGAUCUACUAAAGGUUUGCGUGUACAAAAACAUGCAAACUUGAUAGCGUGCAAAGCUGAUUUACUAACUGGGUACACUGAGGAUUGCAUCUGUCAAAUGAGCAAAAUACCGCGCAAUCCAUUUAGUGUGUUUGUCUUUCUGAAUAUGCAGAAUAUAUGCAGAUUAUCAGAACGUGCAAAAUACUGGGGGGAGAACAUGUUUAGCACCUGCAAUGUGAUUUAUCAAACCCUGAAACAGAUUGCGUUCAGUGUUUUUGCAUCGAUAUGUAGCAUGUUUAGAAGGCAGGCGCAAACUGGGACAGCGAAGGAGGCAUGGGUGCAAAAAUCCUCAUUUAAAUAGGGCGUCUCGCACCGCUUUCAUACCUGUUAUCAAUGUGCACACAAUCAUAGUAGAUCACAUGCAACAUGCUAACUAGUAGCACGUGCAAUUUUCAGUUUGCACACACAAUUUAGUGCUUGUUAGUUGGGAUUUUAGUAGAUCAGGCCCUAAAUGUAUAUCUGAAAUAUAUUUCGACUUUUUAAAACUAGUAUGAGAAACUAACAAAACUAUUACAUACAGUAUGAAUACAUAGUGUCCUUCUGCACCCAAGCUUGGCCAUAGCAUUACAGGUUCAGGUAGCCUUGUAUCUACAAAGACUCCUUCCUGUGAGGCCUGGUCCCCUUGGUGGCAGACUUUUCCAUUUCAUACCUGUUGCCUUCCUCUGACUUGACGGCUGUAAAUUCUGUCUCUUAAGUCUGCUCUCUUUUUCAAUUAAAAAGUAACAUGCUCAGAUUUAGUCGCCAUGGUUUCCUGUACUUGUUCCUGCAUGUAACAUAGUGGAGCCAGAAACUAGUGAUAUAAUGAGCAUGGGAACCACACUGCUAACUAGCUGUCAGAAAGAGUAAAGUAAAGGGACAUGGACACUACAAUGCACAAGUACUCACAACAGUAUCAGUCACUAUCCCACCAAACAUCAGACGUCGAAGAGACGUGCAGAUCAAGUCAGUAUUGGGUCGGUCCGCCAAAGACCACGUCUAGACGUCAGUGCAAUGUGCAAAAUAGGUUAGAAAUAUGGACAUCCAAAUUGGACCUUUUUUAAGACGUCGCUCUGAUGUUUAGAAUUUGGACGUCAUCUGAAGACCAAAUCUAGACGUUGGCACAACAUGAAAAAUGGAUCAAAAGCUUACACAUCAAUAUUGGACCUCUUUUAGACGUUGAAAUGACAUCCACAUUUGUACCUCAUCUGGACAUGUGCGUGUGGUCUGACAAGGAUCAAGUCUAGAUGUUGGCACAAUGUGCAAAAUAGAUCCAAGAUUUACACGCCACUAUUGUACCACUUUUAGACGUUGAACUGAUGUUGAACACGUAAUUUGGAUGUGCUGUCCACCACCGAAUCUAAAAGUCGUGUCAAUGUGCAAAAUUGGUCCAAGAUUUAUGUUAACCAGUUUCAGACGUCAAAAUCACAUUUGGAUGUCAUCGGCAUGCUAUAUAGGUGUGAUGUAGGGUCAAUGCAGAAGCAUAAACCAGGCUGAAUACUACUCCUAAACACACCUAUGAAUGCUCAAAGCAUCUUUAUACCCUGCACCUCAAUUUUUGCCUAGAUUGGGUCCAUCUUUACAAGCAAAACAUGUUUUAACAACUCAGCCCAAUGUGCUUUAAAGUAUCCAAAAAGAGCCCAUCAAUUGUAAGUGCAUUGUAAAAGUGAGAAAAAGUUUGAAAAUCAGAGUCUUUUUGAGCUACAAGAGACCGUGAGAGUGUUUGCCUACCUCACACACUUCAUCCAAAUCCCUUCUUCAACUGCCUUCUAUCGCUUAAUGAUUUUCACGGUGAGGAAACAGGAAAAUAUGUUGCGCUUCAGUGCUCCACAAAUUUGGCACUACAGCAAUCAGGAGAAGCCGUGAAGAAACAUCAACAUCAGUGCCAGCCAGCAUAGGAAUCUGCCUCCACUGAAGUUGUUUUAGGAUGAAUUCCAGCCCUUUAAAUCCCUUUCCCUGGGGUCUUUUGGGUUUUUACUAACACAGUUGGCUCUUAAUAAUGCAUGGUAGUACAGUACAGCAUGGGGAUUGAGUUUGGAGGUGACUUUGACUUUGAAGAACUCUGAACUUUCUCACUUUGGAGUAUUUAUUGACUUUUAAACACGGGAAAGAAAAAAAAAAAGAAUAAAGAUGGUGGAGAAGACAGUUUGAUGAGGAAAAAUGCAAACUUUUCUCUUUUUUUCCCCCUCGUUCUUUUACACUAAACCCAAACUGCCUUCAUUGUAAACUUUUUUUGUCUCUCCUACAGGGAAAAGUACAGAAGAGGAUUAGGGCCACAUGAAGAGAGAAAAAAAUAAUUACAGGAAGGAGUUUAAAGUUAAAUUUUUAGAUUUAAAAAAAAUCAAAAUUAUGUCAAUAAAGUCGAAAUUUUGAGAUUAGGCUUUCAUCAAGGUCCUUAAGCAUCUAACAAGUUUGUUACAAGUUCUUAUAAUUCUCUUAUAGUCUGAUAUUAACUCUAUGUAAAUGACAUUAUUAACACUUAUAUAGUCUUAAAAUCUCAAAAUAAUGUUAAUAAGCGUCUUGUAAGACUUAAAAGGGUCUUAUUACCUAUUAACUAAUGCUUAUUACAAGGACCUUAAUAUAAAGCGUUACCAAAAGUUUCUGUAAAAAGUUGGAAAAUCGUCACUUAAUCAUCAGCCUUUUUUUUUUUCAUAAAAACAAGACAUAUUUCUCCUUCCUCCUCUUCACACACACACACACAUAUAUAAAGGGCCUUCCACACUCUUGUAUAUAACAUCUCCUAUUUCUUUCUGUCUCCACCUGUCUUGAAACCAAGAGGUGUAAUUAGCAGUUUCUGUCAGGUUGGCCCCGUGGGGAGGAACCUCACAUUGUGCAAAGUCACACAACAUCUCUCAGUCUCUCUGUCACCUUGGUGAAUAAUAAUAUGCUGAUGCACCACAGGUGUUUUCAGUCCAUGCAGGCUGUGUCAAAUAUAAUGUAGGCCUUUGUUAAAGGGAUAUUCUGGCAUAAAAUUAAUUUAGGGUCAAACACACCAUAACACCGAGUCAAACUCCCUUGAGAGAUGAAUGUCGCUGACUGCUUGCUUCUCUAGUUAUACCAACUUUAGUAACGACCGCAGGAUAGCAAUACACAGCGGUCUGAGGAGCCAUAAACAAACCUCAACCAAAAAGCCACUCUAUAGCCACAAAUAAUGCUCAGAACAGCACCUAACUUCAUCAACGUUACAUAUAGGGUCCCAGCCAUAGUACCAGCCACCAAACAUCUUUUUAACUUUGCCUGAUUUCUUUAGCAAAGAGACUAAACACAACUCACCCACUCUCUUCCAGCAGCCACUUGUUUGUAGCGAGACCUUGGGCCAGUCCAUUACAGACUGCUGCGGGGUGACGCAGCUCAAGGAAGAACAUUUAGGAUCAUUACUUUAUCAUUUCCUUUAAGUAAUAAUCACCAUAUGAAUCAUUUUGCACUGCAGACGCGGUAGUUCUUCUGCCUUAGCGUUUCAGUCUGAUUGCAUUUCCAUUAAGAAAUUAUCAUAAAUGUUCUUCCUUGAGCUGCAUCACCCUGCAGCGGUUGAUGGACUUGCCUGAGGUCUCGCUACAAACAAGCAGCUGCUGGAAGAGAGUGGGUGAGUUGUGUUUAGUCUCUUUGCUGAAGAAAUCAGGCAAAAUUAAAAAGAUGUUUGGUGGCUAGUGCUGUGACUAGGACCCUAUAUGUACCGUUGGUGAAGUUAGGUGCUGUUCUGAGCAUUAUUUGUGGCUGUAGAGUGGCGUUUUGGUUGAGGUUUGUUUAUGGCUCCUCAGACCGCGGUGCAUUGCUAUCCUGUGGUCGUUACUAAAGUUGGUAUAACUAGAGAAGCAAACAGUUGACAUUUAUCUCUCGAGGGGGUGUCUAACUCGGUGUAAUGGUGUGUUUGACCCCUAAAUUAAUUUUAUGCUGAAAAAUCCCUUUAAAUUGAAACCAGUUAAUCCUCAAGAUUAUUAUAAAAUUUUAUUUUUCAACAUUGCCACUUUACUUUCAAACUUUAUUUAGUGCAUCAUGGAGCUGUGAUUCUUCACAUCGUUCUUCAUGCAGACACAAACAAAGUUGCAUUUGCUGAGUUUGAAAUAUUUUUAAGCUCACAUUGCUUUAAUAUUUAGAUAUAAAGCUACUGCCAGGAGCAGAGAUAAUAUGGGUCUUAAAUCUGAGCGAUAGAUGGUGUAGGACAUGAAAGAAAGAGAGUCUGCUGAGGUUGUUUUUUUUUUAUUAUUCACAUGUUUUAUGAAUGUGAAUCUUCGCGGUGUUUUUCAUUAGCAGAACUGAUUGAUGUUCAUCAGUAACCCACCAAGGACACAAACAUAAGGGAUGACAGCUUCUGCAGUCUCUUCACACUGUUUAAAUGUUCUCCAUAUCACUCCAUCUCCCUAGCUGCUCCAUGCCCGCCUCCCACACUUUAGUUCAAGCCUUACUGGAGUCAAAGGGGGCGAGUUAUUUCACAGCAUUUCAGUACAUUUUACCCCAGAGGGACACUGACACUGUGAACACACUCAUCCACAUCGUCCAGUCAUGCUUACACAGCACACUUAAACAAGAAUUUCUUAAUUGGUCAGCCGCUUAAGAUAAAGGUUGACUUCAAGUAACUCUCACUCUCCACCAUCCAACUCCCCUCUUCUCUCUUCCCGCUUCCCCCCCUACCCCUCUUUUUCUUCAUCCCUUGUUUAUACUUGAGAGAAACUCUUGCUUGUCAAGCCAAUUCUCGCUGAGUAACAUUUCAAAGAGGCAUCAGCCUAAUUGCUUGCUAAUGAGUAGACAGUUGCAUGUGUGUGUAUGCACUAAAAAACACACACACACAGCACUGCUUUAAGUGGAAUAUAUUUGCAUGUCCUCUUUCAAACCCUGAAAAAGAAGAAGAAGAAGCUGGGUAGCGAUAGUGUCAUGCAAAAGGCAGCUCGUCCAGGCUUUGAUGAGGUGCAUGUUCUGAAACAGAAAUAGACAUUACCAGAGUAGAUAAUUGGCAAUCAAACCGAGCUUUCAUGGCUGCUUAUGGUGUGUGAGUGUCGAACUAUAUAUGGAUGUGUGUGUAGCGGGUGAGGUCACAUGGAGGACAAAGAAGAGUUGAAGUUCUACAUUUCAAAGAACAUGCAACACUUCCUAACACGUGCGAGGAAUACUUUAAUCCAACACUUUGAAUACAAAUUCAUGUCCAAGAUACAUUUUUCUGCUCUCCCCCGCUCCAAUCAUGGAUUCCCUUUUUCACCUGUCGUGCAGCUGCUGAACAUCGCACUUCAAAGUCCAACUUUCUUAAUCUGAAGUGGCUUCUGCUUGUACUUUGAAACACAUAAUAAUGAAAAAUUAAAUGAGAGCGCACUUUCCCCCCCUCACUUCUUGUUGUCUUGCUCUUGAAAUGAGUCCCGCAAGGAGCUAAAGGGAGAUGAGAGGGAAAGUUGUGCUACUUAAGCUAGCAUGUCCCAAUACUCACAAGGACACACACAGACACACAAACAAAUAACUGAAUAGAUGUUGAAACAAGAACAGUCUUCCACAUUUUUACAAUCUUUUAUGUAUUUUCUCCUCCCUUUUGAAGGCAUGGUUGACGAUCUGAGAAGCAGUUGAAAAAGACUGAUCCGUUGAGGCAGAUCUGUUAUUGUCACUAAACACACAUUUUAAUCGUCAUUGUUAAAGUCAGAAAAGAAUCUGACUGAAUCUAACUCUGAAUUCUCAAAACCUUUGUUAUUAGUUACUGGUUAUCACAAAGAGGGCAGCUGUGUUACUCCAAACCAUUGACAGUAUGGACCUGGACUGACUUUGUGGGAUCUAUUUAACGUGUCUGACAUUCAGACUGAUCCUCUGGUGUUUUUGAAGAUUCAAAUUAAAGUUACAGCGCUGUUUGUGCAUGGGUGUGCACUGGGCGUCUCUUGAUGGGGAGUCACAAUUAUUCAUUCUGCUGUGGCGGGUUUCUCCAGUAACUUUGAAAAUUCCUGCAACCCAACUGCUAUUAGAAUUUUAACAAGCUAAACAUCUAAGACCAAUGGCUGAGUCACUGAAGGUGCUAGCUUGCUCACAGAAAUCCACAUUGCAAAUGGGCUCAUUCUAGCAUCUCACUUUUCUUUUUAGGCGCAUCCUGGACAGAUUUGUGUUAAAGUGUUACAGAUUACACAUGUCAUUGAGCAAAAAUCUAGAAAGAUCUGUGGACAAGAUUGUUUUCAAAUGUAAGGAUCGGCCGAUUGCUGAUCACCCAAAGUUAAGGAAAUGACACUGAUCUAUUGGGCGGCUGAUCCAUUGAUACAUGUUUACUGCAAAGUGCUACAUUCAUGUGGUUGAAGAUGGGAUGGGAGUGAGUCUGAUCUUACAAGAAGGGGCUCAGUGUUGUCCUGUCUUUACAUUUGGUCUUUGUAAUUGAUGAUGGUCUAGACCAACUUUUUUGUUAAGCAUCUUGGGAUAACACUUGUGAAUUGGCGCUAUAUGAAGAUUGAUCGAUGGCAGAAACUGUUGCUGAACAAGAUGAUGAUGUGUCGUUCAUGAACGAUUUGUUCAAAAGAUACAUAUCUUUUACGUGAACGUACUGAACCGAAUCACUUCCUCAGGUGAUUCAUUUGUUUCUCUUAACAGUUGAGCUGACAUGAGAAUCAGCAUUGCCAGACGAGCAGCUGGCAAACGAGGGACCACAUGUACCGACGCCUGAAUCACUUGGUGAAUGAAUCACGCAUUGAACUACACUCUCUGGAAUUAUUUUUGUCGGACAAAACUACUUUUUUUUUCACUGCUAAAUUGCCACAACAACUUGCAUACUAUAGGACACAGCAAGUAACAAGUAGUGCAUAAAACCUCCUGCCUACAGCAUCCUAUCACUGCAGCGGUUUGGAGGGAACAGUGAAUUCUUCUAAACGUUCAGUUUACGAAUCACUCACUGAGCCCAAUUUACCGAGCAAACCUAAUAAAUAGCAUACCAUAGGACAGUACACUUUAAACAUCAUGACUGAUAAACAAGUUCAUUUUUACAAACCUGUUUGUCAAAGCAACACACCCAACACUCUUGUCUCCCGGUCCAAGAAACUAUGAAUUGAACUGAAUCCUGAAACGUUCAGCUGUGUAUCAGUUCAGGAGGUUAGAGUCACAGGCUUCUCCUGUCAAGCACUGAAUGAUUUGGUGAACAAAUCUUUUUAGUGAACUAACUCUAGUGAUUCAGUACAUCUAAAAGAACUGCCGUGCCCAUCACUACCAGAUAACACUCAAAAAGAUGAACAAACCUGAUAGUUCGACUGUGAACACUAAAUUAUGAGGGUCUUAUAUGAAAAAAAAAAACUACAAAAAUAUUACAUUUUCUUCAUUCAUAAAUGGGUCUGAGUGCUCUUCUCAAUGUUCUGAGUCAAUGUUAAAUCAUGAGUCCUGAAAAUUUGUACUUAAGUCAAACUCAGGUCUGAGUGCUACAACACUGAGUGUAUUUAACCAAGACAUGUUGGCAGCCUCCUGCUCAGGAACCCCUGGUUUCAUUAUUUAGAGCAGGCAUCAAUUAAACAUGAACAAAGAGAAACCUCUGUAGCAGUCUGCACUUCUUAAAAAUAGUAAUUAAAUAUGCAUGUUUACAUUUUCAUCAUGCAUAUUUUAGGAAAUGAUAUACCGUAAAGGCCAAAAGAGUUUGAAAAACAGAUCAGCAUCAUGCCUUCAUUAAAAGUUUAAACAGGCUGUUUAUAACAUCAUAUAUUUUGCAAAUGUUUGUUCUUGCUUUGUUCAUUCUGACUUUUAGGACCACAGCCAUAAACAUACCACUGAAGCUGCAGAUCUAACACAUCCUGUAGACACACCUGUUACUCAGAUUGUUGCUCACUUCCUUGAGAUGUCUUAUUCACUGGAGUCAGAGGGUUGAAUCCAGAUACAUGAGCACCCUUGCUGCUACAAAAAAGAGCAGAGUGUUCAAGACUGCCAUAAAAAGCCACUGUGAUUCAUCCCGUAGAGAAAAAUAAUCUUUAAUUCCUCAAACAACAACAAACACAAACAGUAAAUCAGGACUGUGUGGCCCUGCAGCUCCCCCCUAAAGCCAGGACAGAGAAAAUGGACCAUUCUGGAAACACUCUUCAAACUCCAACAAUCUUCUUUUGAGCUAAAACAGCAAUAUCUAAUCACAGCUGAAGAAACUUCAAGGAGCAGUGUGACAAAAUUUCAGAUUGAAACAGUCCUCUGCUCACCAUUUCAUCUGGUGGCGUUUCAGGACAAAAAACUACCGCAAAGCAUCUUUGAGAAGUUUUUGACCCCAUGACAUCUUUCUGUAUAAAUUCUUUUAAAUCCAACCUCUACUCUCUCUUUCUUCUUUUCUAUAUUCUGAUGCAUAUUAAGAGGCGGCUCACUUAAAUUCAGUACUAUAUGAGAGAAACAAGGUGCUGUUAGAUGCCUGCCUCUGAAAGGCUGAGUUAAAAGACACCUAGAAAUUGAGUGUAUGUAUAAAAGUGAUUAUACCUGGAUUUAGAUACACUUGAAAAUAUUUCACUCCGUUAUUACAAAGUGUGUUCUGCUAAAAGCCGCAAAAAACCACAGACUGCACCUUUAGUUUCAAUUAGCAUUAUUAAGUUAAGUCAGGGGAGACUCAGGGCUUUUUCACAUGUUUGCUCUUGUCUAAAUCAUGAUCCAUCUUGUUACAGGCUCAAGCUUUGUCUGUAUUCACUUUUGGGGAUGUGUACAAGCAGGACAAAAUGUGUAAUGUGCACUGAAAAAGUUCUCUGAUUGGUCAGAAUUUCAAAAAAUAAAUAUACAAAGUAUGCAUGUUUGCAACAUUGUCCCUUGAAUCAUAAUUCAGAGUCACAACAACAUCAGACAUUAGUAUAUAAACACUGCUAAUAAUGAAACAAUACUGUUUUUAAAACUUGCUUUUAUUACCUUGUCCCCUUAAGUCAAAAUUAGUAACUUUAACUAUGGGGUGUGUAACUGUUGAACUUCUUAUUUUGUUCCUUUUUUUUGGUUCUCAUUCAUAUAUAUAUAUAUAUAUAUAUAUAUAUAUAUAUAUAUAUAUAUAUAUAUAUAUAUAUAUAUAUAUAUAUAUAUGUUUUUUUUCUUACUAUUUUUUAUUUUAUUUAUUUAUUAAUUUUUUUGUUCAUUUGUUUUUAUUUGCCAGUGUUACUGCAAAAACACCAGAAUUUUUCCUCUGGGGAUUUUUAUUACAGAAGUCAGAAGUAUACCUCAAGAUUGAAACUCUAUCUGUCUGUCGAAAAUCAGAAGUUGCUACCUCUGAGUGGUUGUGUGUCUCUACUUACUCAUAUACACACAUACACCUUUACUCUCUCUCUUUUUGUCACAUACACACUCUGGAAAACUUUUGAACGGCAUGAUUAAAACUGUUUGUGUCUUUCUUGCAUUAAAGACACAAUAUAAAGCAGUAAAAGUCCGUUAAAUGAAACAGCAGCUGCUUUGAUGUCUAUAACAGUACAGUUAGUUAUUUUGUACAGAGGCUGCCUGUGGUCAUAUGUAAAAGUGAAUUACAACUAGCUGUGCAGAGUUUAACCAAGUGCACUUACGGUAUGCAGUUAAUAACUGAAGCGUACUUUCACAUAUUUUGAUGUCUUUUUUUGUUGUUUAUGUUCUAAAUAUUAGUUCAAUUUUAGACGCACUUGCUUUGAUGUUCUCUGUAAGCCCCGCUAUUAUUUUAUAUCCUUAUCAUACCCAUGGAUCCCCUUUGUUGAUGUUUGCAGCCAGCCUCCAACAACCGCAGAAGAGUCAAAUUGACUAUGCACAGGCACAAACAGCACGACGCUCAGAUCAAUAUAUCAUUUAUGAGCAGCCAGAUUAUGCAUCGCCCCCUGUGGAAAUAGGCAGGGCUGCCAGUCAUGUCCAGAUUGCGUCUCCAUAGGAAUAACUUAAUAUUUAAUGAUGGUGUUGAAAGCUCUGCUGUGAUGGUGGCUGUUCAAGUCAGCAGUGUGGCAAAUGCUGACUUAAGCCCUUUUACAGCUUAUUACACAUGCAAAGAACUCUUAAAAAUACAAAUGUGUAUUAUUAGACUUAGACAAUGUGUUCUGCACGGAGCUAAUGCGCGGUGAGGACUCGGUGGUCAGAGAGGAGCACUGAGGGUCUGGCUCGGUUCUUCCCCUGUCAACUGAGUUUACGCUCUGUGUGUCCUCUCUAGAUUUAAUCUAUUUUCUAAACAUAUUUUAAGAAUAAAUGAAGGAAACAACAUGUAAACAAAGCAAAUAUACAAUAUGAAUCAAGACUAUGGUUAUUGAACAGUAUAUUAGAAGAGAAUAUAAAGCAUAAAAGUAAAUAAAAAUGAGUGAAACUUUUAAAGUCAAUUGAGUCUUCAAUAAUCGUAACAUCUGCAAUCUGUAUUAUUAUCGAGGUUGACAUUUUGAUGGCUUUUUGAGACUGUUUUACAUGUUAAAUCCCAGGUUAUCAGAUACAAAGCAGAGUGGGAAAACUGAGUGGGAGAGGAAUUGUUUUUAACUUGAAAACCAGAGCUCCAAAAAGAGUAAGCGGCAAUGAAAACAACAGUUUUAAUGUUAAUUUCACAUAUGAGAAUCACAGGGGACGUUUUGAGAGGAGAAAAAAUAAUGUCCUGAUUGUUUGAAUUGUGUUUCUCUUCACUCUCACAUGACACAAAAGCUCUGUCAUACACUGAUGGUUUCCAUCUACUUUGAUUUUUUAGCUUGCUUUACUUUUAGGACUUUGGAGAAGAAAAAUAAUUUGUUUUAAAUGUUGUUAGAGUGUCACAAAGUCAACAGAGGUAUAUGUGCAGAAAAGCGAGGAUUAGUGUGUGUAUUUACCAAACUUAAAUUGCUUCACCCAACUUCACCUGACAGAAUGAGGCAACAGGGCCUGGGUGUGUAAUAGAGACCAGACUAUUAUUAUGAUUUGAGUUUGUAAUGUAGUGUAAGCCACAGUCUCUUAUAAAGUCAUAAAUUUGAGGCUGCUAUUUUUAAAAGACAUGUCAACUUUGUGUUCAGUUAUAAAAGGUAAAAAAUUGUCUCUCAGUUUCAAUCAUAACUUAUCUUGGAUACAUUUUAUUUGAAUUAUACUUGAUUUAAUUGAGUCAGAUUAAAUCAGGCUGAAUGGUUUCAUAUUUUAAUGAAUAGUCUCUGAAAUGGCUGGUAACCAUUGAGAACUCAACCAAACCAUCUUCUUACUCACUGCUGUCUUUUCCUUCCAAAUACAGAAAAAGUUCAAACGUACCCAUGUACAACAUUAGAUAUCAAAAUACUUGGGUCAAAAGUGAUAAACUUGUCUUUUUCUUGUUUGUCAACUUUCAGAGAGAGAGACUGCGUAAUAUCGAGAGGAUCUGCAACCUGUUGAGGAAGGUAAGCAGAGAGGAUGUCCUCUUAUUUGUGUUUCUACUCCGUUUAUAGUACAAUCAUCGACUGGUAUGCAGUGUGAACAGUGUGCCCAAAAGAAAUAGUCAUCAAAAAUGUGAUUUUUUAAAAGUCUUAUAUGACAUCUGCUCUGUUAUAGGGCGCCCCAGUUUCAUGUUUUCAUCUCCUUUGAAGUUAACUUGAUAGUUUAAAACUUGAUUGUGCAGAUUUUGUUGCAUGGUGGAGUUGUGUAUCAGUAUUUUGCCGGUCUAGAUUCAGUAAGGACUUGAAUCAUUUUUUGAUUUACAAAGUGACGCUUCCCUUUUUGUUCUUGCCUCAUGUUGUUUUGACAUCAAAGAGGAGGCAGAGAUUUAAAGGUUCUGUGUCAUGCUCGGCAGACCCGUGUGCAUGAGUGUGCGUGUGUGUGUGCACGCAGGCACAUUUGUCUUCUUACGUGCACACAGGCACAUGUGUGUACGACGGUUUGCCUGGAGGACUCAGUGUGAGGCUGAAAAAGAGGCCUCCUCCCAGCUUUAAUGUGACAUCUGUUUAUCCCUCCACCUCUCUGAAAGUCACACUGCGCCUGCACGCCUCCUGCCUGUGUGCUUGCGUGUGUGUGCAUGUUUCAAUGUGGAAUUCUGUUUAUCCUGGAGGUUCAUUGGUUGAGCAGCUGAUCUUGGUUAUCAGUGUUGCCGGACCCAGCCUCCAGGCCCUCCACCAGCCCCUCGGGACGACAUCCUCCCUGCAGUGCUUUUCACAGGGGCAAACACACUAAUGCUGCCGAGAGCAACAGACAACACAUGCACACUCAUGGAAGUACACUGCCCUUGCAGAUGUGACCCACUGUGUGUCUACUGUGGGUAGCUCUAAACUACAACAGUAUAAUUGAGCACAGUUUAGAGGAAAGUACCAUGCAAUUCAAGAAACGGCUUAUACCAUUCCUGCCCAUUUUUGUUCUAUUGAAAAAAUGGAGAUAGGCGAGUAAUGGAGGGGUGAAGUCAGUAUGAUGCAGCACUGUCAUGACAGAAGAAAAAAGGAUGUACGAAACAACAAAAUACAUUUGGAGUGAGUGUAGACAUGGCUGUUAAAUUUUGAAACAGAGGGAAUACUACACAAUUUACAGACUAGACAUCCAGUUGGAUCUAGAGUAGAUACAUAAGAGUUGUCUAAAUUUCAAUCAUGUAUUAGAUAUUCUUAAAUAAUUUAAGGUAGGGCUGGGCGAUUAAACAAUAACAAUAUAUAUUGAACAUUAAUUUCCCUCAAUAUCAAUAUGCUUUUCGAUAGUCGGCGUUCUGCUAUGUUUAUGUAGACAAUUGGAAAAACCAAUGAAAAGGGGAGUCCGCUUCGAGCUGAACCAAUCAUGCGCUGAAUUAGAACCAAGUAGCUAACAACUGCGUAGUAGCAGGCUGCAGCUACACGCAACCAUAGCACUUUAACACGUGAAGCCAACAGCACUAGCAGUGAGAAAAAAAAGAAAAUGGGUGCUACCCCCGGCAGAAAUGCAGAUGAAGGCUCAACAGAUCAAUCAAUCAAUCAAUCAAAUUUUAUUUAUAUAGCGACAAUUCACAACAAUUGUCAUCCCAAGAUGCACUCAAAAGAACAAGAGCAGGUCUAGACCACGCUCAUUGUUUGAUGAAUUAUCAAGACCCAACCUAAGAUGGGAUUUGGCCCAACUCAUCUAACAUGAGUGACAGUGGCAAGGAAAAACUUCCUGUUAACAGGCAGAAACCUUGGGAAGGACCAGAUUCAUGCUAGACAGCCACCAAGCUGCUGCUGGUUUUGGGAGGAAUACAGAGAGAGAUGACGACAUUGUCGACAACACUAGCAUGAAAACAUCGGUGGUGUGGAGGUAUUUUGGUUAUUUGAGGUCGGACAUGAAGCAGAGUAAUGUGCACUGCAAAUUAUGUCGAGUUCAUGUUCUCGUGAAGUCGGGGAAUACCUCAAAUCUUUUUCACCACCUGAAGCAGUGCAACGCGGCAGAGCAGGCGCAAUGCAAAAAGUUACACAUCCCGAGCAGAGCAAGGAGUCCAGGGCGCCUGUGCAGCUGAAACAGCCGACCAUUCAGUCUGCUUUCUCUAGCGCUCAUGACAAAAACGCUGAAGAGACACAAAGACCUCACAGAUGCAGUUGCUUAUUGUAUUGCAAAAGACAUGCUACCAAUAAGCACUGUUAAAUUUCAUUUUUCAUAUCUAUAUAUAUAUAUCGAUAUUGACUGAUAUGAAAAAAAUAUAUCAUGAUAAACUUUUUCCCAUAUCGCCCAGCCCUACUUGAAGGGUACUUAUUAAAGGAAAACACAAGUUUCUAUCAAUUUACAAGAAUAUAUCAUCGCUCUUGAGUGUUCUGUUUUUUGCUAGAAAAUGUUGGUAAAUACUAGAAUCUUCUUAAAAACUGCUCAUAGGAGACCUAAUACCAAGUUGCUUCUUAAAGCGGUUGGUGAAUGUGGCCCACUGGAUCCCACUGAAAGCUCAUUAAUCUUGCUGGUUUAUAGAACAAGACAUAUCUACCUCUGAGGAACUGAAUACAUUAACUCGACCAACAACCAUCUCACCAUGUUCUGUCAUCAGGUGAUUGAUAAGCAGUAUUAUCUACUGGCUGAAGAACUGAAGAAAACACCAACUGAGAGACAAGACACCCCCUCUAACUGCCUCAAGUGACAAUUUCCUUUUCUUACAUCGAAUCAAAUUUAAACGUCUUUUUCGCAGUUUUCUGAAGUUCACGCUCGAAAUACAUGAGCUAUAUUUCGACUGUGUUGCCGGGCCUGUCAGUGAGGAUGCCUGAGGUCCUGAUGCAGGAUCAUCUGCUGCAUUGUGAAGGUUUUUUUUUUUUCCUUCUUCUUUCUGCAGAGCUCCUCUUUCCUCCGCUAAAACUAUUCAGCUCUCUCCAACUGGCACAGUCACAGCACGGUGGUCCUGAUUGAUUUGGUUAAAAGCUUUGGCUGUAUUUCUUUACGUUGGCAUGUCUGUUUCGAUAGUUUUUACUCCACACACACACACACAUACAAAUGCAGGCAUAUGGACAUGUGCCAUUUUUGUUCUCCAUGGAGUAUGUUCUGUUCUGAUGGGUUUUGGACGCCUGCGAACCCGUGCAAAUGACAAUAGCUUGAAGGGGAUAUACUUGGUUCUCUUCUCUAUACUGUGCAUAUGUGUGCGCGAGAGAGUGUUCUUGAGCCUGUGUGUAUGUGUGAGUGUGUUAUUCAUUAGGUAUGCAGUCUUGUGGCUUGAAGCAAUGAGCCGAGUGUUGUCACAGCAACUGAGCAAACCUGAGUGUACUCAUUAGUGCUCUUCCUUCCUUUAUUUGGGGGCCUGUCUUGCCCCCUUUUUUCCUUCCCUUCUUUUCCUUUCCUUUAUCACUCCUCUGUCCUCUUCUCACUUUCCUACCAUCUCUAUAUACCUUGUAAGGGUUGUAAUGAGGUAACAUAUUGGCAGCAAAGGAUGAGCACAGCAUGUAAUAUACUUAUUUCUUUAGUGUCAAGGGUAUUUUCUAAAUUGCUGCCAUGACAUCUGUAGAGCUCUCCUAUCAUCUGUAGCUACCAAAGAAGUCAGCACAUGGAGUUUAAACGCUUGUCUCCAUGAUGUUACACCCUCAUUUUGUCAUAUUCUCUCUAUUUCCACAUGCUCUGCAUGAACAACCCUGCACCAUACACUCUUCCGCUGUCCAAAUUUUUACCCUCGUGUUGAAUAAUUUUGUUUUUUCUCUGAAGCAAAGAGUCUUGAGAAGUUUUCAAUUUUUUCCCCAAAGUAGUGCCUCUCCUCGCUUUGCUGAGUUUGUCCAGUACAUGUAGCAUCCUCAGGUAGACCAGUGGAUGAACUCUUGAACUGAUAAACUCAAGUUAAAUAACAAGGAGGAAAAAUAUAGAUAUGUUUGGCAUCCUUCAAAACAUCACAUCUGGUUCAUGCUGCCUAACCACCCUGUGCUCUUCAACUAAACUUAAAAGUCCAUACUUCAAGUUUUAUUUGGCCAAACAAACAGAGCGCAGCUGAGGGGGAGAGCACGGUGGCUGUAAGCCAUCUGGCAGGAAGAUAAGCUUGGCAGCCUGUGGCGUCUAAAAUCGAGAUGUGUGUGUCUGUGGUCAGCACCUUCAGAAACUUUGACAUUAAACUGACCUUAACAAAACAGUUUAAGAUUGUUUCAGGGGAAUCAUGAAGGUAAAAUUGAUCUAAAAAUAAACUUCAUUUUGUCACAGCAUAUUAACAAUGAUAUAGUAUAGUUCAAGAACGUUGGACAUUGACGGUACAAUUGCAAGAAAUGUAAGGAUUUCAACAUCUACAGAUCUUAAUAUCAUCAAAAGAUUGAGAGAAUCCAUCAGAAGUUCACUUAAAUGAAAUUAUGUCCUAGUUAGAGGUGAAAUGUCAUGGUGUGUCUAACAUGAAACUCGACAGCUGUUAUUCAGUAUGGUUGUGAGCUGUUUGGAUAAAGUAUAGUUCAGACACAGCCCCCGAGAGAAUCUCUUAUUAUUUUAACUUGACUACAAAAACAACAGAGAGGAGCUGCAUUAAACUGUGUUUGAGCUGAUCUGAUAAGUGUAUUGGUGUUAGCCACUUUCAAUCCCUGCUGUGUUCUGUCCUGCCCCAAAUUUGUAUUGAAGAAGAAAAUAAAUCAUGUUAAAGGCACCAGCGUAACCAGCAAAGAGACUCUUGGUGUACAUCAAGCACACAGUACUACAUUUAUUUUCUUUACAACACCAGAGAACGUCCAAUCGAUGUGCAGAUAUUUAAUAAUAUACAACCCUUCAGCAACAACAGAGUCCUGGCAGCAUAAAAAAUGAUCGGAGUGCAUGUAUUUUCUCUAAAGCACAGAGCAGUAGUGAGGCUUAGGUCAAACCUCAUUGUGUGACUAAACUUAACAGAGAUGGUUCUAGUAAAUUAAUGAGUCUGUUAAUUUGAUACUCGACCUUCCCACUGCUGUGCACUGGGGAGAAGAGACACACUAGCAGCUUUUCUCCUCCAGCAGCAGGAUCAGCACCUUGGACAGCACCACACAAUCCUCACAAUUGUGCUGCUACAGUGUUCCGCUUACAAAAUUGAUGAUUUGCAGGAUGAUUCGAGCGCAAGAGGCAGUUAAUAAAAAGGUUGUUGCAAUACCCUGAAUCCACAUCACGGUAGCAUAAGCUGUCUGAUGGAGGAGGAGUGGCAAUUUUUAAUGUGGAGGGGAAAAAUAUGUGAUAUUAUAUUAAAAACACACAAAUAUGAUAGCGAGACAGAAACACCUGAAGUCUCAGAACAAAUGAAUGAGGCAUUACAGUUUUUAUACCUAAAAUCAAUAACAAGUAAGUGCAUCUAGAAAGAGUAGGUUAGGCUUCAAUGCAUAGUUACACAUACAUAGGGUUGUAAAGGGGUGGAAAAUUUCUGGAAAUUUUUCAGAAACUUUUCAUGUGAAGUUAAAAUGGUGAAUUUUGGAAAUAUUCCAAAUUGGAAACUUUCCAUGGGAGUUAUUUGGAAUUUAUGGAAAUUAUUGGGAAUUUAUUGGAAUUAACUGGAAAUUGGGGGUACUUUACACAAACUGUAUCAUAUCCAAACAUAAAUUUUAAAUAUUUUUGUUUUGUCAUAAGCAGACAUCCAUGCAAAAUUAUACUAUUAAAAAACAUUUCAACAGAUUUAUAGAGUGGCGAUGGCGAAUGUGGCAUUCUUCAGUAGAAUAAAGUAACAAAAAAGCUUGUAAAAACACUCAUGCAAUGGCAUAAACAGAAAUACAGUUGGCUAAACAACUGGAAUGGUCUUCAAAAUAUUUGACAAUUGAUGUGUAAAUUAUUGUAUGGUUACAGAAAACUGUCUUACAGGAGUCAGAAGAAACAGCAUCACAUUUGAGAUAGCUACCACCACCAUGAUAAGCUAGCCCCUUAAAUAGUCGAUAGCUUACAUUUAGCAUCUAUUUUAUUUUAUUUUUUUUGCAAGUUAAAUAUUUAUACCAUUAUAGAUCAAAUAUAUUUACCCCAUAAUAUUAUCAAAACUUGACUUUAUAUAGACAGUUUCCUCCAACGUCUUGUGCUUUGGGCUCAAAAGUGUGGCCUCCAGGGUUCAAGAAAUCAUCUGUACAUGUGAUGGAGGAAUGCAAAGUGCACGUAGGGGGUGUGGCCCCAAUAGUCCUGCAUUGAGCAGUGUGCUGUGUGCAUGUGAUUGAGGAGUGUACUUUCAUUGAAUCUGGUUGUUUUUGCCAAGAUUAUAUUUUCACCAACUAUAUUGAAGUUCCCUGAUGAGGGCCAACCUUCAAUUUUGUAAAUUUCAGAUUUAUUCCCAUUAAUUCCCAUGGAAAGUUUUCAACUAUGAAAAUUCCUGGAAUUUUGCAACCCCCACACAUCCAGCAUUUAGCCAGAAAAAAAUCACCUUGAAAUGAUGCAACUGCAGUACAGUAGUUAAUGCCGCUGGAAUAAAAGGGGCUGCACUGUAUGUGUGUGAUUUGUUCUGUGGGAGCUUUCAAGCUGGAACAGUGUCAAUGAAUCUCUGUCAGUCAGAAUAAUGAGCUUACACAAACCCUGGUGCAUCCUUGAUUCCACACAGUAUACCAAUGAAGAAGACGAGAGGAGUGGAGAAAAAAAGGUGGAGACGGGAAUGGGGAGUAUGUGUGAGAGAGAGAGAGAGAGUGGGGAGAGGGGAGGAGAGAGAAAUUAAGAGGGAGAAUCAGGAGAAAGAUAGAGGAGAGGUUUGAGAGGGGGGAAGGGAAACUCUCUUUGACAAGAAAAUAGCAAGCACUGUUAGGCUCAGCAGGAAAUGAAUAUUAAUAGCGUGCUGCACGACUUUCACUGGAAACAGCCCAGAUUCCCAUGGUUGUAGUCAUCAAGUACAUACUGUAUUGUUUCAGAGAUAUCGCUACAUUCUGCAAAGGAAGUGUAAAAAAAACAAGUAGUAUUGCCUCAAGCUGGUGCUACAUAUGGUCCGAGGAGUUUGAAACGUAGAACAAAUCAACCUAGAACUGGAUACGAUUUUGCUGUAACUGUAUGAACCAAUGAAAUCUGAAACAGCUGUUAGGCUUCAGGUGAUGUCCAACCCCCAUGUAAAAAGCAGGGACAAUAAUUAGACAGUCCACGGGGACUUCACACACACAUUGACUAAAGAAGUCAAUGUAAUCUAACGUAUACAAGCUUGAUAGUAUAAGGUAGAGAUGUGACGUUCGCUGAUGAGUCAGUCAUUUAAACGGCUCUUUUAAGUGAACGAUGAGAACUGGCUUACACUGGCAAGAUGUUCCCAUAUGCAAAUUGCUAACGCUGCCUUCAGGUGUCACUUUUGUGCCCCAACACCAGGUAGGGAAGUACAAAUUUGCAUUCACAUUUUUACCAUGUCUUAAUUUUUAUCAGUUAUCUGUAGCUUGCUUAGUUUUUAUUGUGCUGCAAAGUUUUUUAGGUGAGGGAAAAAAUCAAAUUGUGAUUUCCCUGUCGGAGCAUGGGAUAUGGCACCAUCUUAUGGGAUGUUUACGAUGAAAGCACAAGCCAAAUAAAAUUAAAAUCAAUAUUUUUGAGAAACUCCUACUCAUGGGUACCCUAGGUUGACUUCUGAAAAAUAAAUGAUUAUAACAAUGAGCCAGUCUUUUGAAGGAAACAGUUCCUCAAGAUCUGGCUCCCUUCAAAUCCCAUCCCUAGUACAAGGAUUCUGUACCUCAUAAAAAAUCCACAGCGGAACUUACACCCCAUUCCACCACAUCCGGAAUGGUUACGAAAAGGCCGUAUCUGCCGAUCGCAGCUGAUCGUUUCCAUUCAAGUUAAUGUGUCAAUUUCCACUGGCCUCUUUCCAUUCCGCUGCGGAUCGCACAAGUUCUAUUUUUCCGGACGCCAGAGAUAAAUUCAUCACAGAUUAGUCCGUGCUGGAAAGGAAGUCGGGCACAGACACAAAAUAAAACAUCUGGCGUCUUUUCAAAAUAAAACACUACAUGUUUCAGUCGUAUCGUAUUUCACACCAUGCAAACGGACAGGGACAAACAAGUGAAAGGUUUUUAGACACCAUGGAUGAGGAGAUGCUGAAUCUAGAAAUCUAGAAGUGGAUUUCCUCCUCUGGAAGGACACCUUUAUAUGAUUAUGUGGCUGUUUUUAUAGUGACAACUUGUUUUCGCGCAAUUGCAGGUGAGUCCGUGAUUUCUUGGGAGUUCUUGCAAAUCCGCCACAUAAAAUAUCACAUCUAGUAACUCGUGAUAUACAAUCACCAGAAACUUCAUGCGGUUCACCUGUUCAAUUACCUGUUAACACUAAAAGCUAAUCAGCCAAUCACAUGGCAGCAUCUCGAUACAAUUAGGCAUGUAGACGUGGUUGUUGUUGCCAGACAAGCCGGUCUUUAUGUCGCACAUAAACUUGCAUUUUUGCACAUUUGUGUGAGAUUUGAGCAGUUUACAACUACUUUCUCAGAUUAUGACAAAAUACGUUUACCUUGUGAUUUGAAAUUUUGCAUAGUGUAGUCACCAAACUUUGUAACUUUGCAGUUUUUGUUGUAAAUGUGGGAAAGUAUGAUAUCCCCCCUUAAGUAACUUAAGUCAAUACAAAAAUAAAUAAAUACAGAUAAUACACAUUAUGAGGGAGAGUUCUGUACAGAUCUCCUCCACUAGUGGUUCUAUUGACUGUGUCUUGGUGAAGCAUGGCUGUGUGGCCACACGGGCUGACAGGAAAGAAGCACUCACACCAUGAAAACAGAGCUAUUACACAGCAAUCACUCCAUCUGCCAAAACACCUUGCUGAUAUUGCGACGGCGUGUCAGCAAACAGACAACACAGGCAGUAAUGAAGGAGCUGAAUUAUUCAGCGCAGCAGUUUGAUGUUUGUUUGAAUGGCAGUUUGCAGGAUGUGGAAUUGAGUAGAAUAUGAUAAGUAGCAGGAUGAUCAAGCUCUCCAUGAGGUAAGCCAGCCAUCUGUCCACCCAGACAACACUUUCAGCACUUCAUUAUCCGUCCCUCCAUAUGUCCAUGUAAUCGCAUCUCACUUAACACACAACAUGUCAGAAACUAUGUCCCGCUAAUGAUAUGGAGUGCAGCAUUCAUAACUUGAGCAGAGGGAGAUUAUAGUUUGAACAACAUUAACAUAAAACGCUUUGGUCAGUCGGCGUGCUGCAGGUUCCCUUGAGUCCAGAACUUGACACAUCCAGAUUUGGUCAUUAUCCUUUCAUCAGUAUGUGGGGAAACAGUUUUGUCUGCGUAAUAUCCCUGAGAAACUUGUCAUAUUUAGAACCAGACAGUUGGGGUUUGUAAUAUACAGCAAGUCUGUGGUGUUCAGGAUCAAACAAGCUUUCAGAAAAGUGGCUGUAAAUUUUUAUUUGAACGGAGAAAAGUUUUAAAAAACCUCAAAACAAUCCUGUUUCAUCACUGCAGAAGAUCUUAGAGUAAACAACACAAACCAACGCUAGCAAGACUACACAUAUUUAACCUGCAUGGGACGUGUGCCAGAAGAGAGGCCUUGAUAUGUAGGAAGAACAACAGAGUAAGACCAAAGCUUUCCGAUGAACAACUUGGCAAGACACAGGACGUCUAGAGCAGUGGGCUCUGACAAGGCGAAUUGAAAUGUAGUUGUUUGGCCACAGUAUUAGAAAACAUUCCUGGCAGAUACUUGAGGCAGUAUUGUGCAGGCAAACCUUAUUCCAAAUGAGAAGUAUGGUGUCAAAAAUACUAUGUUUUGUGGUUGUUUUUCUGCCACAGUAAAAUGUCUGACUGUAGGUGUGCUUAAAAUAAUGUGAGGCCUCUGUCUGAAAGUUAAACAGAACUGCAGAAAAAACUAUUUUACUGGAUAAGAGGGGAAGUGAGGAUCUGAAUCUAUAAAGGAAUCUAAGUUCUAAGGUCAGAUGACACUUAAGCAUGGGCACAAUCAAACAAAAUGGUAAAGGGAAACAAGAAGGAUAGCUAGAUGGUAAUAAAAUUCCUGCCUUUCUAAUGCAAAUAUUGAUAACAUGCAAGAGAACUCAUGCACUCACUAAAAUGAAAAUGAUGCAAACCCCUGACUCACCAUGCAUUUCUAUGAGAUUGUCAAGAUGGGGUGUCGCCCAGGCUUAUGUCUACCUUUAAAAAGAAAGUAAAAAGAAUAACAUAUCUGCAGCCAAUGCAUAAAGCCCGUAAUCUUUGCUGCUAACAAUAAAUUGGGCUGACAGCUUUGAAGCCCGUAAUCUUUGCUGCUCAAUAAAUUGCUAAGACAGUGCUUUAGCCACUAAUUUCACAAAGAAGAUUGCGUAUCAGGCUGUUAAUGUUCAAACAACAUUCUCAAUCAAUCAGUCUUUAUUGAUAUAGUGCCAAAUCACAGCAAAUUGUAUCUCGAGACACUCAACGACCGUAACAGGCAACUAUUGAGCCUAUCAACAAGGCCAGUAUUUAAAAAGUGUAAAAAUCUGAUAAAAUUCAUUUGGCCCACAAACGUCUCAAACUGUAUCUGGAGCAGGUGUUGGUAGUUUUUGCUGCUAACAAGCAGGGAGAGCACGGCACUUAGCAACAAACAGCAUAUUUAUCUUCAUCUCUUCCUCUCCACUCCCUAAGCUGAACUUUAAGAUACCCAUCACGGUUUAAAAGUAGCAGCAUCAGCGGCAUAUUUCACCUGUUUAAUUGGCAUCAGGGGAACUGUGUGGAACUUCCAAAUGUGUCUGUAAACUGGAAGUUAAGUUUGAAGCAACAAACAAACGCUGUCCACUGUCUGUCAUUGAAUUAGCUAAUUGAAUUAGCUAGCUACACAUGUACACUAACCAUAGACUGUAUAUAGAAUAGACGCCGUCUGCCUCCUUGCUGGGUGAAGCCACUCAGAGAACAGCACCCUCUGUUGACAGGCUGCAGUAUAGGUCAUAAAUCAGGUCCUUUUUUCUGUACAGCUCCAUUUUUAAAAGUUAUUAGGGUGUUCAUGUUUUCUAUGAUUAUACAGCCUAUGGGCCAAAGAAGAUUGCAUAGCUCAUCUGGGGGAUACACUGUUUGAGCCGAGCGUCAUCACAGCGACUCUCGACGACUCUCCCCCUGAAUGCAUACAACGCUACUGUUCAAAGUUGUUUUCAGGAAAUGGAGGAAAAAUCAUGGAGAUACCGAGAGCUUUUUGGCUUCGAAUCUGUAUACCAGCGGAAAGCAGAACCAAGUUAUCCAUAGUAUAUACAGUAUAUAAAACUAACACAAUGAUUAGUUUACCUUCCAGCUACUUGGUAAUGAAAUACGAGGGAAACGGAGCAGAUACUUUAAGCAUGUUUUUUUUUUUUUAUUAAUGGGUUAUUUAUGUGAGAAAAUAACUGGUUACUUAAGAUGUCAUGUGUUACGAUACUUGUUACAGCACAUAUGUAAUCCGAGCCAUUACCAUUACCACCAACACUGCUAGUGACCAGUUGCCUUGAUCAUUUGUUGUUCAGCUGAGCUUUUAGAUGUCAUUAUCAGUCAUGAUGGUCAGACAAAAAGGUUGUGUAGCCUGACUGAUAUAAAUAUAAACCCAGAUUUGAUGCCAUGAAAUUUUUAGGGAGAAAUUAGACAUAUUAAUUGAAGAAACAAUCCAAGGUAUUGCAGCUGGAUCCUCAAAAAGUCAUUUCUGAUGCAUGAACAAAGCUUCCUGGACAACCAUCCAUUACCUUCCUAAACAAUUUUCUGACUUUAGUUAGCCAUUGUGUGAUGAAUUCUGUAUUCUGUUUUGCAUCCAUUUCUUUCAACGUGUUCCUGAUAUCAAGGUGAAGCCUGCUUCUUCCUCCAGUCACAGCCAAUCAUAUUCGAGGUUGCAGAAGAGUAGGGAGUAGGUUGGGGAGGGAUGGAGAUGAUGAUGGUGGUCCCCUGUGGUUCUCAUAAUGUUUUUGAAGUUUCAGUACAAAGGUCCCCCCCCUCCCUUUCCCCUUCCUGUAUCUCUCUGACUCACUCUCCCUGACUGUGUGCACGAGUGCAUGCGUGCAUUCGCGCGUGCACAUGUGCGUGCAUGUGUGCCCGUCAUGCAGGUCACAUCUAUCCUCACAUCUCACUUAAGUACACAGGAGCGUGUGCAGGUGAUGAAGUCUGUGUGUGUGUGUGUGUGUGUGUGUGUGUGUGUGUGUGUGUGUGUGUGUGUGUGUGUGUGUGUGUGUGUGUGUGUGUGUGUGUGUGUGUGUGUGUGUGUACUGUGUGAAGUGUAUUGUCUGAUGUUUGGUCACUGAGGGCCUGUCCUGCAUACUUUGACAGAACUCUGUGAAGUUUGCCAUGUUGCAGGGCACAAAGGAAGGCUGUCUGCUCUGCACAGAUGGAGGUUUUGUUUUUGGGGGUUAUAGAUUUGUGUUUGUGCGUGACUGACAGAACACGUGCAAAGACGCAGAUGACCGGAAGUUUGUUUGUCAGGUUGUUCCGGUGGAUGUUUAGACAUAAGUAGGUGAACUUAAUCCAGUCCUAUUCAGUAUACUUUAUUUUCAAACAGCAGGAAGUGAGAGGGACAUGUUCAGACUGGAUCUGUGACUGUUCUAUAAAUGAUCUCAGCAGACGUAGAUCUAACAGCGGCUUUUAGAUGAGUAAAUCUCUACUUUCUGUGAGACCUCCUGGUGUCCUAAAAGGAUCCCUGUGGCGAGGGUUUCGAUUUUAAAGUAAAUGAAUUCAUAUAAAAAAAAAAUGGUAAAUGAAAUACAAAUAUAAUAAUCAGACUUUUACCAAAUGCCUACAGUCUUUCAUGCUGAUGCAAACUUUGUUGUUAUUUUGCUUACUUGCAGUGUGCCAGUGAACAUACUUUAUUGAUGGUGAAUAAAAUUGCCGUCACAAAAACAAUGCAAAGUAACAAGAGUUUAAAAAGGUGAUCAUGUGUUUCCCUAAAUUAGAAAGGGCCAACUUUUCUAACUUAUUUUAACUAACAACACUGCAAUCCACCAUUCUGCACUUAUUAUUUGCCAUAUAGUGGAUUACAGUUGAUGUAACCUGUUCAUGGCAGAUUUAUGUGAUAAAAUAAGAGCUGCUUUAAGAGGAGCUGGGCUGUUUAUUUUUGUACAUUGUACAGUAGUUGUUUCACUGAAACAAAAACAUUUUUCUGAAUGGAUGUGGAUAUGCAUUACUUUUUAGAUGACAGUGAUGACAAAACUACUGCAGAACUUGGAAAACCAAAUGUUAUGGUAUAUAAGUCAUUUAAUUCAAAGACAGCAUAUCAGACGUCUAAUCUGAAAUUAUUAUAUUCUGUAUAAUAUAAUUAUAAUUAUAAUAAAAUAAACGUAUUGCCAUAUACUUUUUUUAAACACAAAGAAAGUCCAGAUUGUAUUUUAUUUUAUUUAUUUUUUUACCAAUGUAUAAACAGUAGUGAACCUGGGAGAUUAGUUUUGGAUUUUGGAAAGUGGAAUCUUUGCAGUUCUUGUCCAGAGUAGGAUUUCUGGAUUUAAGUCUAAGGUUUUGCGUUUUUGCUUUCAUGACAUUAUAUGUGUUUCAGUGGUUGACAAGUCAGGACUGCAGACACCAGAGAUCAGAACCUCUUACAGUUUUUCACUUUAAUGAUGACCACACUAACAAUUUGAGUCUCAGUUUGCCAAACAAAGAUUUAAUGCUUUCAAUUAGCUAAGCAUUUUACUGCUGCAGGUAUCAGUUGCUCUCAUCAUUAUUCUUUAUUUGCAAAUUUCUUUAGUAAGACCUAAUCUAAUAAAUCCUGAGAAGCUUCACCUGGAUAACUGAUUUCUGGAAAAGAAAAAAAGAGAGAUUUAAGAGUCAAAUGUCAAAAUUAAGUCUGUGUCAAUUGUCUUGUAAAUGAGGUUAUUAAAGGGAAAGACCGUAACUGAUGAAAGGAUAAGAAAACGAUACCUAAGGGUUGCCAUAAAUAAACAUCUCAGAGCAAGAAUAGUCAGUGAUAGAGCCAUAGCUGUGUUACUGCUGCACCAUUUCUCCAUUAUAGAGGUAAUUGUGUGGAAAGAAACAGCUGUCCUUCUCAGUCAUCCUGAAAAACAUGCAUGGACGCAGUUAUGAGUAUAUGUGGAUAACAAUGCUCUUCUCAAUCCCUCUGUUUCAUAUUUCUACAUCCCUGUAGAAUUUUUAAUGCUUAAAUUUGGAACACGUGAUGUGGAUAUAUAUAUAUCUAUAUAUCUAUAUAUAUAUACAUAUAUAUAUAUGUAUAUGUACAUAUAUAUGUAUAUGUACAUAUAUAUGUAUAUAUAUAUUUACAUAUAUAUGUAUAUGUAAAUAUACAGUAAAUGUAUAUAUACAGUAUAUGUAUGUAUAUAUAUAUAUACAUACGUAUAUAUGUAUGUAUAUAAAUACACAUACGUUUAUAUGUAUGUAUAUAAAUACACAUAUGUAUACACACAGUUUAUAUAUAGAUAGAAAAAUCACUUUCUUUUCUUCUCCUUCAUUCAUUAUUGUUGUUUCAGCAUUAUUACUGAUUGACACAGCAAUAGUUUUGCUUCUGAGUCGCAAAGUGAUCAAGCUGAAUUUAGACCCAAAAUGCUGUCAGAGUCUUUAUUUAUAAUGUCUUCAUCAUUAUGACCUUCAGAAAUGAUAGUUUGGUCAGGAUUUGCAUUAUUAGCAGACUCUUGUGUCCUUAAAAUUUUUAACUUAAAACAUCACAGGCAUGGUCAAUUUUGCGAGGGAUUAAAAUAUCUGCAGAUCUCCUCUGCAGCUGCUACAUCAUGAAAUGAGAUUUGCAGGUUAAUUCCCACAGCCUUUUUGCUGUAUGUAAUGUAGUCUUUUACUUUACUUUAGACAAAUAGACCCUUUUAGUGCAACUCCACCGUAUGAUGAUGUUUGGUGUGCAGGGCUCAGCUGGAGGGAGAGCAGUCCUCUAGACACAUUAACCAGCACUAUGGGGCAAGUUGUUUUUGGCUUGUUUUCGACAACAGAAGAAGAAAACACAUGUCCCUUUUAAUAUGUGAGGUCACUCACUCUCCAGGGUCGAGUGUUACCUGAAGGAAUUAUUACUGACAGAUGAGGGAAAACUGGCUGACCUUUGCACUGAAUAGUUAAAUGAUUAACCUCUGUUAUUAUGUAGAUUAUCAUGUAGAGUAUUUUCCAAUACACUGCAGAGAGUUCCUGUUUGCUGAUUGGCUCGCUUCUAUAAUUUUCAUCAGACGUUAGAUGUGUUGAAAGCAAAGUUAAUUGAAUCUCUGAGUAGACUGCAGGAUAUCCCUGUGAUGGGUGCGCUUUUUGUUAAAAUAAUUAAAGAGUUAAAUUGUAUUAAGAUCUCUGUGUACUGUUGUCUUAUCUCUCAGAAUGGCAACAACCCUGUCAUAAGCUUUCAACGAGACAUGAAACUGCGUGUCUGCAUUUGUGUUUGUCAAAGUCAAAAGGAUAUUCCGCUUGGAAAUCCUCACUUUGACACUCAGCUGAAGCCUUUUAUUAAAAAAUGAGUCAUCUUACAUUUACUUGAAGUGACACGUACUGUUAACAGAGUGACUCCCCGACGUCUCAAAGGAGAAACUGAAUGAGAGGAAGCAGCAUCAUAGGAGUAGAUUAUUUUCCUUCAAAAGCUUUAAAUGUUGAACAAUACUUUCAGUGAAUCGCUGGAUUUUUUUUUCUCCAUUUGCAAUGUGUCCUGGUGACCAUCAUUUUAUCCAAGCUGUAGACAAUAUGCUAUAAUUCUGGUUUUCAGUCAAAUGUGUGAGGGGGUUUUUGAAUAUGGUGAGGCCUUAGGCUCAGACCUCCUAUAGAGAGAGAAUUUCAUUAACUCAACUGCAGGAAGGAGACACCUUCAAUUUUAUGCCUAUCAUUUCUGCCCUCAGAGAAAAAGGGCAUCAGCUCAUGACUGCGAGUACUGAAGUGAGCGAGUGCAAAGGGAGCUCUUGAUGUUCAGCUCUGGGGAAAAUUGUCUCCGUGUAGCUCAGCGAUCAAUGAAAGCACACCAGUAUGUAAUAAAUCACUCCAGUCAAGCCAAAUCUGAUCUUAAGCAAAAUGUCUUUACAGAAAAUAUUUAGCAACUUCUAUGACAUUUAAAAAGAAAUAAGGAGCUAUAGUUUUGCCUGUCUUUUAAAUCUGGGAUGUAUCAUUCUUUGAAUCUUUCCAUGAAAAUGGAAGUUUAGACAUUUCUAGUUUACCAGUAAGUGUUUGAGUUUGUCAGAUAUUAGCUAUGUUAACAUGGGCAAAAAUAAUCUGAAUAAAUGCCCAGUCGGAAUAAAAAUGCUUCAUGUAAACACAUCGAUCAGAAGAUUCUGAUCCAAUUCGGCUCAAUCACAAAGGAAUUGUAUUCCGAUCGAGAGGGGUGGUUUACGCCAAUUGUUAUUCUAAAACACGUCCAUGUAUACACUUAUUCCAAUUAUGACUCUCUUACCCGGGAUUUCCAUCGCAUCUGAAACAGCUCUGAGAUGGAACGGUGGCAAAUUUUGCUUCACACCAAUUCCUACCGGAUCCGUUUGUGAGGCGAUUUUUGUGGCAGAUUACAGACAGCAGGAAUCGUGAGAGCUCACAAGAACCCACUGAUUAACGUGCAAUCGCGCAAUAACAAGUUGCCUUUAGGCUAGGCUAGCAUAGGCUAGGUUCACAUAGGCUAACCAUAUAAGCAGUAGAUUGUGUCCUUCCAGAGGAGGAAAUCUACUUCUAGACUUAAAAAAUUCAGCAUCCUCUCAUCCAUGGUGUCAUGUGUGCACUGUGUGCAUAGAGAUGAAAUUAACAAAAAGGUCGUAAACACAGAUGUUGUACAUUUGUAACCAAGCAGAAUAGUAUUUUUAAAUGCAACACUUGCACUGCGUGCUACAAUUUUGUCUUGAGAUACAUUGAUCUUCAUUCAUUUUAAUGUCUCAAUAAAUUGCAUUGAAUUUAUGAUUGCAAUAUUUCCUGCCUGACAGAAGCCGACUUAUUAGGGGCUUUGUUUCAUAUGAAUUCACUUUGAACAACUAAAUGAACCACGUGGGUCCUUACUCCACAGCAUCUCAGAGGACUAUAAAUCAUGUAAAGGUUGUAAAAUAUGUAGUUUUUUUUUGCCAGUUUUUUUUUGUUUUCCGUCCUGCAGGGGUUUGAGACAGUAAUUUGCGAAUGGGUCUGUUUUGAUCUCAAGCAGGGGAGGAAAAGCUGCUGCAGCUAAAAUGAACAUCCAAGCUUCACCCAGAAUGAAAGAGUGGACCCAAAUGAAUUAGGUGGAGUGGAGUGGAGUGUACUUGAUAAGGCUGAAAGUGGAGCGUUAGAGAAAGAAAGAGAGAACCAUAUGUCUGUUAGUUUGCAAAGCAGCUCCUGUGCAUCUGAGAUUUGUAUCUGCAGCAGAGGUAAUUCUUUUUAAUAUAAUAUAUCCAAGUAUUUACUAAGCAUAAGUCUUCCCAGGCCUUUUUGAACUCAGAUAUAAAUCACUUAUGUUAAAUACUGGUGCAAUUUACAUAGCUGUAUGUGUUUUGUUGACAUGGUUAAAGAGAUUUUAUUUCCAGGACAGACGUAUUAUUUUGCAAACUAGCCUUGCCCUUUGACAAAAUGGUGUCGGCAACAUUAAGUAGAAAUUGAUUUCCACUAAUGGAAAUACUGGAUGUAACAUAUUUAUUGAUCUCAAGGCUAAUGACUCAUCAUUUUUUGACCUGUUUGGAUUUAAUUUUAGCUUAAGGCUUUUUUAAUAUCUCCUAUAUGUCUUACAAUAUGAUGAAUUCUGUGACCAACUGGUAUUAAGUGGCUAAUUUCUCCCUAAUGAUAAGGUCAUUUACAGGACAACAUCUGAAAGUGGACAUUAGUGUGCUUAAAGUGACUGUCGGAUUUCUGAGUAAUAUUAUUCCCUAAUAUUAUUCUGCAAAAAUCUGUUCAACAUUGUGUUUAUUUAGAUGAGCCUUUCCUCCGUGAUUAAAAGUAGAUUCUGUGGUUCCCAUCCAUCCUAAAAGAAGUGCACGUCUUUCUUUAAGGAUAAAGGUGUAAUCUGUUAUUCAUGGUUCUAUGGACAACACACAUGUAUGAUGGAUCUCUGGUAGCCAUUAAAACUCUGUUAAAGAGGUAGUGUUCCUCUGUAAAGACGCUAUGAGGGAUCAUAGCGUGUUGUUUCAAGUGAUCUUUUAAUCUUUGUGUUUUCUUAGUUAUGGACUGCAUUUCCCAUGAGCACUACCAACCACUGCCAUGUGGCUUUUCUCAGCAUGUGCAUUUGUUUUAGAAGCAAUACAUGGAUCACAGAUCUUGCAGAGGAAUGAGGCAAUGCAUCUGUCGUGGUUACCUAAUGCGGUGGUCUGUUUGCCGUGCGUGUUUUUCUUUAUGUGUUGGAGUAAGUGGUUGUCUCUUUGUUAGAGGAUCUUUGUUGCUGUCCACAAGGGACAUGCCCAUUGGAGGCUGCUGUCUACAUGUUAUCCAUCCACCUAUCAGCUGUGAGGUUUUCACUCCUCUUACUGACAGCAUCCACCAAUCUUCAGUCUCGAGUUUUUCCUCCCAAAAUCUAUGACUAUAUGUGACCCCCAAACUCAUCAGUGGGGAGACAGCUUAAGCAAGAAUAGUUCCAGGAGUUGAUAUAAACCAUUGUUACGGUUACUCAAGGCUGAGAAUAGAAAGCCAUGAAAUGAGUAUGGUGUGCUGACAAAUGUUGGCUGUACAGAGAAGUUAUGCAUGCUCCCUCUCUCUUGCUGUCAACCCCCAUUAUUCUUCAUUUAUUUCAUUCCUUUGUGCGUCGUGAUGAUUGCCGGGGGACCCUGUGUUCUUACCCUGCACCCCUUGAAGCAGUUCUGACUUUAAAGUUGCUUUUGAAAAGCUCUCCAACAGUAUUGUCUCAGCUGCAGACACUAAUUGGACUCUGAGAGUUGGAGACUGAGUCCAGGCAACCCUAGUCAGGGUACCCUUGGACUUUAAAAGCAGUGUGAGUGGCCAGGAGCUCUUUAUCUGAAGGGAGUGACGAUUUGAGGAGGUGGGAUGCAAGCUGAACUUAAAUUAUUUCUUUGUGGGUUUGAGUCCGACCCAUCUUUCUCUUCACAUGUUCCCUCUCAGUACCCUUCAUUCAGUGAAAUGACACAACAGUGCAACAAAGGGUAUGAGGUGAAAUCACUGUAAUGUCAGAGGAGGUUUGCAGAAUUGUGUCACAUUUUUUUUCAUCCAAAUUCUGUACUCAAGACAGAUCGAUCUCCUUAUUUCAGUCAGGCAUUUGUUCAUCAGCCUUACUACCUGCGGAGGAAACCCAUUCGGCCGCUUGUAUCCACUAUCAUGUUCUUUCAGUCAUUACCCAAAGUUCAUGACCAUAGGUGAGGGUUGGCACGUAGAUCGACCGGUAAAUCGAGAGUCUCGCCUUAUGGCUCAGCUCUUUCUUCACCAAGACAGAUAGGUUAAGCGUUCGCAUCACUGCUGACACCGCUGCGAUCCUCCUGUCGAUCUCCCACUCCAUCAUACCCUCACUCAUGAACAAGAUCCCGAGAUACUUGAACUCCUCCAGACUUGAACUUAGAAGACCUUCAUGAAAAAGAACUAAGGAACUCAGUGUACCCGGCCCAGAGGGACAACGGGGCCACACCCUGGAGCCAGGCCCAGGGUUGGGGCUCAUUGGCGAGCGCCUGGUGGCCGGGUUUGUACCCAUGGGGCCCAGCUCGAACGAACCACAUGGGCACCACCUCCACCCACUACCCGCUGGAGGAAUAUGAAGGGUCCGGUGCUUGACGGAUUGGGUGGCCUGAUCCUUGGUUAUGGAAACAGUUUCUGUAGUUGUGAAUGUAAAUUCUGCCUCUCUGUAAGAUUUUAGCUGCUCUUAGUUUCAUGGUACACCAGAUGAUUCGCACUUGAAUAUAAAGAUUCCUGAAAAAGUAAAUGUCUGGAUGGCAGAAGAUAUUAUCUUAAAACCUGUUUUAUUCAGUAUUGAUGUUACUGGGCUUAGCAGUGUAAGCUACUUUUCCCCAUACCAUCAUGGAUGCUGGCUUUUGAACUAUGACAACCAACUUUUUCCUUCUAUUUUCAAGUAUUCCGCUUCAGUCUAUCUCAAACUGGCAUUAUUGAGAGAUGGGGUUCAGAUCAUUUACAAAUUUUGGUUGUAUCUAAAAAAAAUAGUACGGUAACUGACUCAUCGAAAAGGAUGGACAUUAUUGGCAAAAGUGUAUCAUCACUAAAAGGAACUUCUUUAAAGGUGUCCACACUGACGAUUGAUUUCCCACAAGAAUUAAAUCCCAGCAUAGAUACCUGAUUGAAGCCCCGUCUUUCUCAUCCAUCCCCUCACCCCACAAUCCCUGGUCUCUCUCUACAACACGAUAUAAAAACAAUAAACUCAAGGCCAACUCUAAGCAAAGACACAGGAAGUUACAUCUGUUGUUGGAUGAGAGCGAGUAAAUGUUUCCAUAAAUUACUGAGUUCAUUCAGUACAAACAAUCCUAAUCAUUGUUGUGUGUGCGUCGGUAUCCUACAGUUUCAUAUGUAUACAAAGUGUCUUAAAGUGCGGUGAGGCUGUGAAUCAUGGGAAACCCGUAGUUAUCAGGUCAAGAUGCUGAUUACCACAUGAAUGGGGUCUUAUCAGUGUUGCUCCUGGGUGCACCAGAUGGGUGGAAGGGCAUCCCCCAGGCACCGCAGCCAGAGACAGAUCCCCAGUAACAUCCAGGCGCAGUCCCAGAUGGGUCUCUCUGUCAAUAUAUAAACACUUCCACACACCCACCCACACACACACACACACACAAGCAUAAGCACACACAGAGCUAAGAGGGUCUGCUAGACUGUGUGCACAUGAAGGAGGAAAAUAAUUUGUUACCCAUUAGCAUGAAAAUUGGAUGUAUCUGCUUGAAUACUUUCAAAUACACACCCACACAAACACAUCUACCAUUCAGUGGACGUGUUCAGUGACUAUAGAGGAAUUGCAUCAGGGUCAGCGUGCAGUGGGGUUUGGUAGUUGUACAUAUUUGGUAUGUUACGUGUGUUUUCAUUUCGUUCUGGCAAGAAGCAUGUCACAUUAACUGAGCUGAGAAAUAAAGGAAUCAAUUCUCCAGAGGGUUUCAGGGACAGAUCUGGACCUGGCAGAGUUUUUGUUAGUGGCAGUAAACACCAUCACUAUUUUCCUCAAGCCUCAGCGUCAUUAAGCAUCAGUAAAAAAAAAAGAAAGAAAGUAGGCAACGCAUUCAACUACUAAACAUGUUCACUUGUGUUUUACAUGUGCAAAUACAUGAACUAAAUACUAGAGCUUUGUGAUUAUGCAGAUUUUACAUUGUUCAUAACAAACGUACUCUGAAAACGUACACUUUUAACAUCAUUUGAAUAAAAUACAGAAUUACAAUAUUAAUGAAACUGAAAAAAACAAGUCAAUUUUAUAAAGGAAGCAAAUUUCAGUUUGUGAUUUUUUUUGUAUGGUUGGUCCAUCGUUUAUGGAGAUGAAGUCAAAGUAGAAUUCAUCAUAAUUUCUUGUUUUUGUCUCAGUAGUUGUGUUGUUUGGUGUAAAUGUUGGUGCUGACAGACAGUUCAUUAACUAAGUUUGCUUUGCUCUGAAUUAGAGAUGCACCGAUCCAUAUUUUCUGAUCAAUCCGAUACCGAUAUCUGGGCUGAGCAUAUCUGCAGAUAUCAGAUACCGAUCCAAUACUACUGUUGAAUGAAUUAACUGUAUACCUUGCCCAGUGAGUGACGGCAUCAGGCUUGAUAUUAGCCUUGUAAAAAAAAGUAACAAAUUAACAUAAAUAUAAAUUUUGCACAUUAGCACACAGCAAAAAGAAUUAGACUUACAUGAAUUAAAAGAAAAAAUAAGUAACCCUUAGAAGUCCCAACUAUAUUUCGCUAUUUUUGGUCUGCCUGUUUUUUUGUUUGUUCGUUUGUUUUUUGUAAAAAUCUAUGUAGCCACUCUAUCCUUUCAAGCACAGCAAAUAUAAACACAUCUUUUUUUUAGGACAACCUCAGCUGUCAGUUUAUGGGUGCAAAAAUUAUGUAAAACAAAUGUGACAGUAGAUUCAGAAUGAUCAAAGUCAUCCAAAAAUCAAAAACAGAAAUUUAUACCAACAGUACUUUGCUAAAAUAAACAUAAAUCUACACUGACCAAGCCUUUUCUCACCUGCACAUCAUUCUGUUAAGUCUUGGCCAUCAGGAGUAGAAAUAUUGGGAUUGGAACAAACACACAACAGAAACUAUUUACAUAUUUACUCUAAUUCUUCCAGGCGUUUCUUGCUAUUUACAGUUGUUUAUGCCACUUCUUGAGGCAGUUUCUGUCUGGGGUGAGACAGAGGGCCACGUCAUACUUCUCAUAAUCACUUCUUAGCUUGUUUCCAAGCGUUAAGGACCAUUAUUUCUUAUUUUGCAGACAAGCAGGGAACUUUCUUGUCUCUUGCUGAUCUUUGGUUGCCUCUUAUUGGACACUACUGUCAAGGGAACAAUAGAAGAAGAAUUUGAGACCGUGUAAUUGGUUUAAAAGUUUGACAGAAAAAGACGUCAUUAAAACAGCUUGUCAAACCCUGAAGACAUUAGCGGCAUUUAGCGAUAGCAAUCUUUUUUUUUUAUCACAACAACCUAAUAAUUAAUCAUGUUUUCACCGGUAUAUCACUGCGGAUUUAUCAUCAAACGUCUUUGAUCAAACACCUAUUUCUCAUGGCUGGAUUGGAAACCAUGUAGGAGGUGUAGAAAUGCCUGGAAACCCACAAUAGAUCCCCAAAAGGGUUAGCUUUUGAACACUUUUCGUCCCAUAGAGAUACACGGCAUAGUUCCUGAGAAACUGUAAACAAUAUUAAUGGUGUCAUGUAGGAUCGCAGAGUUUUAAGUGUAAAAAGAAAAAAAGACUGGAUCGGAACGCUGGAUCGGCAUCAUUCAUCCGAUAUCCAAUCCAGUUAAUUUGUCAAUAUCAGCGCUGAUAUCCUAUCCAAAUUUGGAUCAGUGCAUCUCCUCUCUGAAUGGUGUGCAUUAUAUUAAGUGGAUAGGCCAAGUGAAGACAUAAUGGACAUGUAUAGAGCGGGGGUUGUGGCAGGGAGUUGAACCAGUGCCUGCUCCAAUGAGGCAUACAUGGUACACCAGGUGUUUGCUCCUGUAACUAUAGAAUGUAGAAAGAGAAGACUUUGUGUGUCCUUGUCCAUGUGCUGCAUGCAUGCUGCAUUACUGUGUUUUUAUUUGUGCAUGCAGCUCCCCUGCUGUAUUUCUGAAAGCAAGUAGAUAUUUUAAGUUUAGUCUAAGCAGCAGUUUUCUCGCUCCCUGCUGUUGAAGUGCUAUUCCAUGAAAAUGUGUUUUUCUGUUAAUAGGAGGUGCGUGGCCGUCUGAAUAAUGCAUCAUUCAUGCUACCUUGUUAAAGCAGCGUUCAAGACCAGGCGGUCCAGAAUGGCACCGCAACGCUGUGGCCUGUACACUUUAAAAUAUACAUGAGAAAUGAAGUGGCUUUCUUUGUGAUUAACAUUAAACACAGCAGCGGAAAGCUCCUGCAGAUGUCAGUGAAGUAAGAUGUUUGGGUCAUUCAGGUAUUCAGAGAGAUCUGCAUAGCAAGCAGUUUUAACCGCAAGAUCUCAUUGGACAGGCUGGAGUCGGCGGCAAGCAGCAUUUUUAGAUUUUGCAUGCCAACUCGUGGUGGCUAAAGAAAAUGCACACGCUUAGUCUAACGCAAUAUGAUGAGGUGCAACACUCUCAGGCUUUGGUUUGGAGCAACAUCUGGUGCUUCAGUACAGAAAAGUACAGUGGCCCUGAAGUGCAAAACAACACAAUACAACAUCAUUUUGCAAAACACGACGACAUUUCACAAAACACAACAACAUUUUGAAAACACAAAAACAUUUCCUAAAACACAACAACAUUUUGCAAAACACGACGACAUUUCAGAGAACACAACAUUUCACAAAACACAACAACAUUUAGAAAACACAGCAACAUUUCAGAGAACACAAAAUCAUCUUGAAACCUUAAAAACAUUUUGCAAAACACAAAAACAUUUUUGGAAAACACAAAAACAUUUCACAAAACACAAAAACAUUUCAGAAAACACACAAAUAUUUCCCAAAACACAACAGCUCUCAAAACACAAAAAAAAUUCAAGAACACAUUUUGUGAAACAUUUUACAAUACACAUUUUACUGCUCAGUCAGAUAGCUCAAUGCUUAAGUGUGAGUCUUUUCAAAACGUUUUUUGUUUUGCAAAAUGUUUUCGUGUUUUUGAAAUGUUUUCGUGAUUUCCAAAAUGUUUUCUGAAAUGUUGCAUUUUCUAAAUGUUGUUGUUUUGCAAAAUGCUGUUUUCAAAGUGGUGUGUUUUGCAAAAGGUUUUUUGUGUUUUUGAAAUGUUUUCAUGAUUUCCAAAAACUUUUCUUGUUUUCUGAAAUGUUGUUGCGUUUUCUAAAUGUUGUUGUGUUUUGAGAAAUUUUUUUUGUGUUUCUGAAAUGUUGUUGUGUUUUGUAAAAUGUUGUCGUGUUUUUUGCCAGAUGUUGUUGUGUUUUGCACUUCAGGGCCACCGUAGGAAACAGUGUUUGAAAAGAAAAAAAUCAGAGCUUCUCUUAUUCACGUUUGUGUUUCUGUUGUAGGGAAAUAAAGAAGCAUGAGGGCAUCAUUCUGAAUUAUUGAUCAGGCUGACCCUAGUGCAUUUUGUUGUUUAUGUGAAUAUGUUAAUGAAAUAUCAGGAGUCUAUACCCUGAAAAGACACUUUCCAUAAAAUAAGAACAUGCCAGUCAAUAAUAAGGGUGUUAAAAUAUGCAUAAACUCCAGCUAAGUUUGGAUUAUGUCAUUUAAACACAGCCAGGUUCAAAAAGGAGCAGGUGAGGGACAUUUAGUACCCAUGAGUUUAUUAAAGUGAAAUAACUUUAGAGCUGGAUAGGCCUGCUGUCUAAAUGAGAAGAAAUGACAACUCUUAUAUAAGGACAGCAUAUUGUGAUUUGAAAGAGAGAAUAAGUCGAAGGAUAAUUGCCUCUCUUUGCUCUUGGUGUCUUCUGAUGAAGCUGAGCUCCCUUGAAAUGGCAAUUUCUUCCCCGCUUUCACUAUGAGUGCUGCUAUAUCUUAUGGAUUUCCUCUGUUCCAGUCUCAGUUUUAAAUGAAGUUUCUCUCACAGUACGUUCAGUAUCUCACAUUGUACUCACUUCUUUUACUUUUGAAAACAGACCACAUUUGCAGCUGAUAGAUAUUUGCUGCUGGAGUGUAAAUGCUGAACUGAAUCUAAGCUUAGUGAAUCUAAUAAGGAUAUUCAAUCGUCUGCUAUAGGAUUAAGGUACUUUCUUCUGAUAACCUCAUGCAUUUAUACAUUUCCCACUUAUUACCCAGCUAAUACACAUAUUUACACUAAGUAUUGAUCAAAUUGAGAGUAAAGAUAAAAAAAUGUCAUCCACUUUGUCUAUUGAUGCUAUUGGAUGCUACAAGAAAAGGUCAAAUCACAGAAUAACCGCACACUUAUUGUUGCAGGUUGAUCUGAUAUGUGUGAUGUAGUUUCACUCUGAUUUUGGACCAAUACAGACAUCCUAACAACAUAAGUAAGUGUCAGGCUCAGAGGAAGGACUCAGGUCCUAUACGUACCCGGUUAUUCUUAAAAACAGGGACAUUAACCAUCGUUAACCAUCGACAGCUGGCCACAUCCUUAAGUCUCAUGAUUUUCAGUUCAGGAGUCAAUGUCCAUAUCUACUGUAUUUACAACACUGCAUUAUUUUCGGGUUUUGAAAAAAAGCACAUGUUGUUCAGGGGUCUGCUUUUUUUGAUUGCAGUUUUCUGAAGCUAGGAUCUUAAAAACUGUAACUCUUGAACGCACAAAACAAAACAAGUUGAAGGAGUAGACUCUCAAUUUAUUUAAAGUUGACUAAGUCAAAUCGAAGCCUAUGCUGCUAACAUACAAUAUGUAUUUUUCUGUGAAUUGGUCAGACUCUGACUAAACAAAUGCACGCUCGUUUUAUUGCCUUUACCCCUGUUUGAGAUAACAAAAGCAGCUAUUGUUGCUUGUUGCUGGGGGGACACUCGCACACAUUGUAACCCUCGCAGUUUUGCCAGGAGGAAUUUUGAGGGCCAAGCACUCCAGUCAUUAUGAUAAUGAUGGAGCCCUGCCAUCGAUGUGGGCUACAUCAUUGUGAAGCUAAGCUCUAAAUAAUCUAGAUGGGGGUAUUUAGCCAUUUGGAAUGCUUGCAGAUAGACAGAUUUGCAGUAGCUAAAUAUAGGCUAGUUUAAGGAUUUGAAUGCUAAUGAGGAUACUAGAGGAGUGUUUUUUUUAACCCCUCAGACAGCAAAAUGAUAAUGAAAUUCCUCUAACCAGUAGUAGAACACCAGAGAGGUUCUUGUUGCAGGGCGAAUGCCAUUAAAGCUGUAUGAACAUGACCCUCUUCGUCUGAAAGAAGAGGAAGAGACAGACGCCUGACUGUUUGUUGACACACAAGUUGUUCAGCUUUAUCAGGAAUUUCAGUGUGAACAAUCAAUUACUGCUUCACUCCUCCUCUCUCUGACUUAUCCUCCUGUUUCUGUCUCUUUUUAGUUGGUGCUUCCAGAGUACUCCAUCCAUGGGCUCUUUUGCAUCAUGUUCCUUUGUGCCCAAGAGUGGCUGACUGUGGGUCUCAACAUCCCCCUGCUUUUCUACAACACAUGGAGGUAACUAAUUAAUCGAGCGUGUGUGUGUAUGUGUAUGUGUGUGUGUGUGUGAGUGUACUUGUGUGUGUCCUGGCUUCCAAAGAUUAUACAGUAAGGAAUAUCUUCAAAAUCAACGCGAUCUAUGCUAAACAGGUACAGAAAACAAAACAAAGACGACCUCUCUCCUCUCCAAAUGAAUUCAUGAGUUUGUGGCCUGCCAGACUGUAAACAAUCUGAAGCUCAUGAAAAAGGAGCUCUUGGCUCCGAUAUCCUGAAUUCAUUAUCAUAUAAUCACUAUUUUCAUCCAAAGCCCUCAAAAAACUGGCAAUCUGCCCAAAGGCUUUAUUGUCCUGAUGACUGAUGGGUCCUAGCAUCAGUUUUCAGCUAACCUUUCUCUCCAUCCAGAUGUUCUGCUCUUAAGGGGGUGGGAGGGUUGCCUGUUUUUUGGCUUCAUUUCAUCCUUCUGAUAGCUUUUUCCUAGAUUUACAGAAGUUACAGCUUAGUUUUUUAACUCAGUGUGUAGACCAUAGACUGUAUAUAGAAUGGACAAUGUGACUCCGCCUCCUGUCACUGUAAAAAUUUAAAGCCGAAAUUUUCUCAGUGUUUCCCAGAUUUGCUCCAUUUUCUGAGACCGGCAUUUUGAAGUAAUGUUCAGCGGGAGAAUGGCUAUGAUCACGCUCUGGUCAAAUAGUGUACCCCCCCGGAUUUCCUAUGCAACCUUCCAAUGCCCAUAGGCCACUUUAUUCGAAAAUGGUGGUGAAAGACAAUCCAACUUACUGUCUCUUCCCAAAGAUGAAGACACAUGAAAACAGUGGCAAGUUUGCUUUUUUUACUGGAUAGAACAGCAAUACUGUUACUGUUCACGCUCCCAACUUCAGCCAAGACUCCUCUGUAAACAGAGGCCAAUAUAGAUUUGCAUUUGAACUGUUACUGUAACUUUGGCCUGUUUCACCUACGAAGACGAUCCAUAAAGGCUCCAAACCACAACAAGUAGGUAAAGAUAUAACUGCAGCUCAUGUAGCUAAAGGGCUUUUAAGCCAAAGUGCGAAAAUGGCGAAGCUAAUGCUGUGUUCCAAGUCUGUAUUUCCGAGCUCUGAGUGGGAAAUUCAUCUGAAAUGCCCCCCUGAAGUCGGAUUUCUGACUCGGAAAGUCAGACAGUCCUCACCAACCCCAACUUGACAACAACGUCAUAUUCCAAAAUGGCAGUGCAGUGCAUCAACAGUAUAGAGUAACAGCAAAAGCUCUCGUAAUGUAUUAUUUAUUAGCACCUCUGUUUUGUUUUUGUGAAAUUAAAUAAGUGGUUUAUGUUGUACUGCCCAACGUCUAACUGUGAACACAGUGCUAUGGUGUUUGUACAGUAAAAUACUGUGUUAUGCAUUGUUUACAACUGGUAUAGCUAACAACAACUAACAACAAUUGACAACGGCCAACAAUGGCUGACAAUUGUAAACAACAGCUAACAACGCCUAACAGUAGGCGUCCAUCUUGGUUUUCCGACUUGUUUAUUGGAAGGCCGUCAACUUGGGUGAAGCAUCAUUCCCGGCUCCAACAUCUGACUUCAGAGGUAACUGGAACGUAGCAUUAGUAGCUGCUAAUGGCUAGCCACAUAACUUUCAGGUUGUUUUAUAACAACAAAGCUGUGUAAAAAGUAACACCCACAUUUGUGUAUCUCUUAAAAUGAGUGUAAAAGCAGCCAAAACUUCCCAUUUCAGGGAGAGACACUAAAAUAGCGAUUUACCUCCAGUACAAGAUAAAGAAGGAAUUUUCUGGGUUGCAAUCAAAGCAAUGCUAUGAAGAAGAAGAAAUUAGUAAAAUAGGUCUCCUUUAGAGCGAACCAAAUUCAAAAAAUUAAAAAAAAAAAAAAAAAAAAAAAAAUAUUUUUCUUUUCAAAUUAAAGUCAAUAUCAAAAGCAAAUUUAGAAAAGUACUACUGAUAAAUAACCAGAAAAUGGAUUAGGAAUGGUUGCCCAGCACUGGGUUCACUUUACAGUGUCAAACUUCAGUAUUGACAUACAGUAUAAGCUAAAUGCACAGUAGAUACCAAUCUUCAGCCCCUGAGAGUCAGUGUCUGAAAAAUGGGUCACCAGUCAGUAAUCUCUCGAUUUCUUUUGCCUCUCCAUCUUUGUCUGCUUUUCUCUUUGUCGCUGCUCCCACCACCAGUGUGGGUUUGAUGUAGACUGCUGAGAAGAGAGGAGAGGAGAGGAGAGGAGAAGAGAGAGGAAAGGAGAAAGAGAGUGAAAAAACAUCUUGCUGUCUUAUUAAUUGGAGAAUGUGCCAGAUGCCCAACAGCUACAGAUGCUGCCUUCUGCACAGCUGAAAGAUGAGAAGACAAGGAGAGAAGAAGACAGAGAUGGAGGAGGCUGAAAAAUGAAAGAGGAAGUCACAGGAGGCAGGACUGUGAGGCGAGAGAGAAAGGCAGUGAGUGAUAGGAGAGAUAUCUAAUAUUGACAAGGUGAAUCAGAAGAAAGUGAGAGAGAGAGAGAGAGAGGGGGACACUGACACUGAGCUAUUAAAGCAUAGACUUCACAUAUUCCUAAGAUGUCUUCACAUCAGCAAAUAAGGACAGAUGUAUGUGCCUACCUGUGUGAAUCCAUGCUAGCCUUUGUAUUCCCAUGUCCAUGCGAUGCUUUGUAGAGUGUACAGGUGCGUUUUUAGGGUCUGUUCCCAGGUCAGAUUCUUAGCAGACACACUGAGAGACGUCUCACGGAUAGGAAGAACAGUGAGGUAAAGGUUAAAAAAGGCUUAGCUCUGGAGAGUUGCCCUCACUUAUCUUUACAUGAUAUUGUCCUUUGUGUCCAUGCAGAUACUCAAAUUUUAAGAUAGCUUUGAAGUUGUUGAACCUGUUGAAGGUGAAUUGAGUGACAGAUGCAACUUUUAUCUUACCUCUCCAAUAAUGGCAAUGCAGGAAAUUUAGUCGCUAUUAGUUCGAAAUAAAAAGUGGAUAUGUUAUUAAAAAAGUACGCUGAAAUGCAACAUGCCAUCUGUUCAUCUGUGCACCAAAACUUUAGAAGCUAGCUUGGACAGUGUUGUUUGGCAUACUACUGAUCACCCCCAAAAUGUUAAACUAAACUACUUGCAAGGACAAUGGCAUUUAUGUAGUGACUAAUUUAUACAUUGUUUAUAUACAUGGGUAUUUAGCUUUUAAAGACACUAAUAAUGACUAAUUAGGUAAUGGCAGAGCUGCCAAGCAUCACGAUUUGAGUGUGACAGUCACGCAAUUUGACCCAUUCUCACACCACACGCCACACUUGACAUUUCUCACGCUUAUAUUUCUCCAAAUACUCUGUAUUUCUUUCUUUCAUGAUAAUAAACUUGGCUUGCUGUAGUUCAAGUAACUCUGAUUGACUGACUGAGAUAACCAAUCCUAGACCAAUCCAACAUUGCAACAUUGACAAAUAAAUGUAUUUUGUGAAAAUUCUUGUUAAAAUUUUCAUUUCAAAUAACUGGUUAAUUAAGACGAGCAUUAGGAGGCCACAGUGCAGGGAGAGCAGCUGGCAUGGAGGUGAGGACAUCAGUCUUCAGGUAUAAAUAGAUGUUUAAAAAAAGGCCACACCAUUAGAGUGACAAAGUCUCACUCGUGUCAUUUUCUGGAACUUGGCAGCCCUGUAAUGGUACUGAAUGGCUGAAAGGGGUUGUUCUAAAAAACGUAACACAUGGAUUUCAUAGCAAUGUUGCACUUUGUUUGCACCCAUAUAAGUGCCUGUAACUAGCACACACUCAGCGCUGAAUAGUACUUGGAGGAUUCACAGUAAAGUCAGAACUUUUUGAGAAAUAAGUCACAAAUUAAUGAAAAAAAGUGACCAUUUUAGGAUUUGAUUCACCUUAAUGCAAUGCAUUGCAUACAUACAUGCAUGCAUGAAUACAUACAUACAUGUACGUAUGAAGUGAAGAACCUCAGUUAGUGAGAAGACCCAAAAACAAAGACCUGGAUGAUGUUUCAUUCAUUAUUGAAAAUCAGUGUUGGCCAGAAUAAAACUGAUCACAUUAGGUUAGUGUGAGAGUGAAGAGCGGUCCUGUUAUUCUGUUUUUUUUAAAACCCUUUGGCUGCCAGUUGAUCUGUGUGUUACAGAAGAGUAUUAGGGCAAGUUAUUUUUUUUAAUAUUAAAUUGAAACUUUUUCUCUCAAAAAUGCAUCUUAUUCUCAACAUUUAGACUUUGUCCUUAAACUACCUUAUUGAGACUGAUUUCAUUCUCAUCUCCUGCCCUAAUACUCUUCUGUUGUGUGUAUGUUUUAAAUGUGUCCUCUGUUAGAUUCACAUCUAUAAUGCUAAUGACUUAAAGCAGUGCGUUUUAUAUUUCUACCAUGUGACUGAUUUUGUUUUUUCUAUUAUCUUAAUAUUGUUGAUGAUAUUUGAGAGGGCAAGCGGAUGGCGUAUUUGUGGAUUUGAAACUUUAACCUGUUUACCUCAUCAGUCAUUUUGCAUGUAUCUUUUCUGGAAAUACAUGAGGAAUUAAUUCAGCAACUCAUUCAACACCUUCUGUGACAUUAAUCAUACAUCAAAAUGCAUUUUAACCAAAGUAACUGAGGUUUUCAUACAUGAAGUCAUCUAUUUACCAAGAGAACUGUGACUUGGUGAAUGUACAUUCAAACAAAUUAAAAACAAAAAGUCAUUUCAUAGCCAUGAACCAUCCACGAUCAUUAAUCCAGAAUGGCCAUCUGUCGAUUUGGUUCAUGACUGAACAGACCACAUGCAUAAUGAUGGAGGUUGAACCACGCUACCUGAGCUGGGUGUUGACUUUUUGAAUGUAUUUGUGUACUGAAUAUUAGAGAAGUACAAUAUUUGAUGCAAAUGGUCUGUUACACAAUUUCCAUUGUUACAAAAUCCUGUUCAUUUGUAUCAGCUCUGGGGUCCAUUUUAAGCAAAUUUUCCUCCACAGAGAGUAGUUGUGUAUCAUGCACACAAACUUCCUUCUUUCAGCAGUAGGCUAAGGAGGAGUUAGAUUUCCCUCUUUGUGUUCCCUCAUGGUGAUUUUCCUCAUUUAAAGUAUGACUAUUUUAUGUUUCAUAAUUCGAACAGCCCCUCUAAAACAACUCUCACAUGAGCGCAGAAUCUCCAGGAAACAUCUUACCAACCCCCAAACCCACUCUGCUCUUAAUUACUGCCAGGUUUUGCAUAUUGUUUACAGUGAUAAUUAAUUUCACUCAGCUUGAAACAUACUCUUUGUUUCUAUAAAUUCUGAUUAAGGUGCGAGCAUGGCAAUAUCAUGCAGAUUGUACUCAGAGGUGGAUUUCUCAGUCAGUCAGUGAUUUUAAUAUGGAAAUGAGAGAUAAUGUGUCAUGAAAAGUUAAUUGGGACUGGUUUUAGAUUCACAAAUGUACCCCAGGCCUGAUACUUCUAUGAGAGCAUAAAUGACCUGGGUGAAAAUAUAUUUGAAUAUCUAUUCAAAUAUUCUUUCAUAUCCGCAUUUUAUUCAAGUAUGAAACAUCUUUUAUCAUGAGAUGAGUCUAGCCAAUCAGGGCGUCCUCAGCAAAGCUCUUACCUACCCGUACUUUCAGUAAUACCUGCUAAUCUUUCAUGAUUAUUGCUUUUUAAAGAAUAUUUGAAAAAAACACAAAUAAACCCCUAUAUCUCCCUUAAAGAGUUUUUCACAGACAGCAUCUAAUUUCAGCAAGUGACUGGCAUUUUUGUGGGUCAAAAAGCAGAUCUUUCAAACAGACUCUAAGAGGCGCCUGAGGGAUUAUGAACUGUACCGGUUUUAGGGUCUCUUAUUGAGGAAAAAUGCAGCUAUGGAAAAACAGGAGGGGUAAAAGUCAGCAGCAAUUUCUUUUGAGGAGUUACAACACUGUAACUAUGAGAUUUUUUUCCUGUUUUUUUCAGGCUCAGUCGGUUGAUGCAAGCUCAUAGCUAUGCCUUUGAUGCCCUCCUAGAUAUGGUUUUAAAAUACCUGUCUGAGAUUACUGCUGCUUGGACAAACUCGAUAAUUGAAAUGAUAAGCCAGCUCUGAGAGUUCAGCUCUCAGUGUCUUCAUAAAUUGGUAACAGCUUUCCCAAGGUAAACUUAAGGGUGAAGGCAUAAUCAUUAUUUUACCCUGAUACUGAAAGUGACUUUUGUAACCUUUGCAAAUUUAGAGCUACAGCAGAUAUGGCUGCAGGGUUUAAAUGUAAUGACAUCUCCACUCAGACAAACCUCGUCUGUAGUAACCUCUGAUCAGGAGUGUAGAUGGGUCAAGGAAAGGAGAAGCUAUAGUGUUAUCCUGACCACAACUUUUUAAAACUCUUUUAGACAGAAAUAGUAGCCAUGUUUACGUGGGCAAAAUUUCUUAAGACAAUUAAAAAUUUGAGGGAUCGGAUUAUCUGAAUCCACUAUUUAUAUGGGUGCAAAAUCAAAUAAUCCGAUUAUGACGUGUGUAUACAUGCACCAAGUUUUAUUCAGAUUAGAAGCAUUUGGACAUGCACAGAGUUGUCUGAUUUCUCUAAAACAACCGCAGAAGAAGAGUUGUAUUUACACCUGUGCUGUCAACAAACCAACAAACGUGGUUGUUGCUCACUCCAUCCAAUUCAGGAGUUUUCUCCUUGUUAAAUGUUGUCACUAGAUGGCGCCCUUGCGUACUCAUUUUACUGUUCUGUCAAAGGUUGCAAUCUUUGUGCAGAUGUGACAUCAUUACGCUGUAUGUACGCCUUGUUAUGUUACCGGAGGAGCAGACACGGCACCUGUGUUUUAUGCCAGAGUGUCAAUAAUGAAACCUCCUGUACUGACCUCAAUAAAUAAGCCAAAGGCAAAAGAGUGAAGUCCGAGUCAGGUAAAAGAGUCAUCGGAAUAAUUGUUUUCAGGACGCGUUUUGGAAUAACGAUCGGCAACAACCACCCCUCUCAAUCGGAAUACAAUUUCUUUCCGAUUGAGCCGCAUUGGAUCAGAAUCUUCUGAUUGACGUUUACACGACGCAUUUAUUCCGAUUAUUUGUGCCCAUGUAGACGCAGCUAAUGCUGUAAAGGUCAGAUGUGCUUUUUAACCUAAACAGAAUGCCGGCCAGUUGACCAUUAGAGUUAUCUGUGUUUUUAUUGGUCAAUGUUAUCAACAGAAAAGACUCAUGGAUCCAUUUGAGUAAAACUAAACAUUCAGUUUCUACAUCAUGUAAGGAAACUCUCACAAAUAACAUUUUCAACAAUGAAUCCAUGUUGUCUUUCUGCUGAAACUGUGCAUUGAUUGAUAUUGUUCAGUCUUUGUUCAGUAUCUACCUGGUAGGGUUGACAGAUAUAAGAAUUUUCUUUUCAGGCUUUAGCAAACAUUUAACACAAACAUGUUCAAACUAUUUCACCCACGUCUGCUGCAUGAUACUGUCCACCCUAACUCAUCAUGCCAUCUUUUUCCAUACCUCCCCCCAUUCCCAUCCAUGGUCUCCCCCAUCUACCUCUUCCAUCCCUCCGCGCCUCCUCCCUCUCGGGGUCUGGAACGGGUCAACUACCCGCGAUGUGGUUUUGCCCUCUGUGGUAGGUACUUUCACUCCCCAACGGACACUAAAGAGCUGCUGUACGACCCGGCGUCGGUGAUGAACGGUGACACACUCAAGUUCUGCCUGAAGGAGGCCUGGUGCAAGCUGUCCUUCUUUGUCCUCUCCUUCUUCUACUAUCUCUACUGGUGAGCACAAUGUGACAGGCAGUGUGGGGAGAUAAUUGGAUUACAUGUAAAAAGAUUACAUUAAUCUGAUUACAGCUGCCAGAGUAAAAAAAAAAAAUUGAAACAGAACUUAAGCUUCUUUUAAAAGAAAAACAACUAUGAGUUCAAGCAAUUUAGGAAAGGAAAUUGAGAAAACACACACUCACUUCAUACGUUUGAGUCAAACCAUAAUUCCAUCUCAUGGUUUAACUAUCUGGUUUGAUUUCGCAGAUCUGGCGAAGCAAUGUGAGUGCAAAUCACUGAAUAAAGUAACCAUUUCUCUGGCUAUCACAUGCAAACUCCUCCACAUAGUGUAGAUAUAUGUCAGGCGUACUAGGUUUACUAUUAGCACUAAUGCAUGUGAUGUUAAGAGAACUUGAUUCUUUACUUCAUUGACAAGCACGAGUUGGACAGCUGAAGGUUAAACUCAUAAACUUUGAGGUUUUAAACGUUUUUUUUUAUUGAACUUUGCUUAAUUAUUUCCUAUAUUUGAUGCUGUUAAAUGAUAAUACUGUCAUCAAUGCUCCUCUCCAUGUCUAAUAAUGCUGUUAUUAAUCACUCUGGAUUCCUGUUUCAUGUGGGUGCUGCAGUGUGUGGAACCUGGAUAUAUCCCUCUAAUAGGUCUUUUCAAUGGAAACACUUAAAGGUACAAUCCUUAUAUUUUUUGACAUGUUCUGCUAUGUAAAGGAAUUGUGACAGAAAGUUUUAUUCUUAUAAAUAAAUUGAACACCAACAGUUUUCCAUAUGGCCGGCACAGAUUUUGAUAAAUCCUCUUGAUCUCAGUUUGUAUAUGAGGCAUAUUUGCUUCAAACGUGCGAUGAAAGACUGUUGGUUAAAAUAAGCGUUCAGUUUCUGUGAAGCCAUGUCACUCACAUCUUUUAGGUUCAAGAACUCUUUGUGACAUGUGAAGCAAAUUUCCCAAGACAAAUUAAACCACAGCUAAAAAAAAGGAUUGCAACUUUAACAUGGAGUUGGUCUUGUAUGUGUGUGAUAAUGCUGUGAUAUAACAUUUAACAUGUGCUUGAAGACCCAUCUUUGAGGGGAAAUGAUGUUUGUGUUGUGUCUCUUUCAGGGCAGUAGAUACUCUGUUAAAAUGUUAAUCACAGCAAUACCACACAGGUAGAAAAACAACAUCAUGAACAAUAUGUUGUUCUCUGCUUCGACACAGUUUAUAAUUGCUCCGUCUUUGAAGAAGUCCUCUGAAGAGAUGAGGUGAUGUUUUUGUUAUUUCUUAUUCUGUCAAAUAUUUGGAAGAUUUAGUUUAGGACACUUUAGGACAUCUUCUAAUGAUGAACAGUAGAGACUUUCUGUAAUUUAUUUUGUAUUAACAGCAGUUAUAAUACCCUCUGGUAUUGUGAAAAGAGAGACAAAGUGAAAACAGUGUGAAGUGUGCUCCCUCCUGGCAUGGUAGAGUGGUUGAAACUAAGAAGAGGAGAAGAGCAAGAUGAUUUUUACUCUCUUACUUAUUCCAUUCAUUUCAUACCAAUGCCAACAUCAGUCAGUGGACAAACUUAAGUUCCUUUAGUUCUGUUGGUCAGUGGUGUAGCCAGAGGGUGGCCAGGGGUGGGCAUAGCCAACCGUUAAAUCUGAUUGGCCGCCCCAAUCAAUUAGGUAUUUGCCUUAUCAGGGUGGUGAUUAUAGUGAAAUCAUUGCAUUGCUGUGUGUGGUUUCUUUGCAUUUCAGUGUGAACAUUAUCUUUUGUUGAGGCCAGAUGUUGACUUCAGACAGACAACUCCUUUAAGUUUUUAAAAUACUGACCCUGCAAAUAAUGUGACUUAAGUAAAAUAAAAGACUGUUAUAUUUAGAAGGCUAUUAAACAAGUUGAGGAUUUUAUAGUUCAUCCACUAUAAAAAACUUGUAAAUUUACAAAAGAUUGCUUUUGUAUUUGUUGUUUUAUAAGUCUUUUUGGUAAUACAUUAUUUGAGGCCUAUCUCUAUAACGCAUUAUAAAUAUAUGUAUGAUGCGUUAUAAUGCUGUUAUAGUACCAUAUAACUGUAGAUAUAAACACUCAUAAAUGAUCAUAAUGAAUUAGAGCAAUAAUCAUAACACAUUAUAAAGCAUUUUAUCAUGACAUACAAGGUCAGGUAUUAUAAUGUGUUAUAAACUCACUUCAUCUCACUUUUACAAGUUAAUGAUGACAUUUUAAUUUAAGCAUAAAAAUUCAUAUUUAAAAAAAUAUAAAGCUAUUAUACUUUUAAGUACUUUUCACCACUUUUAUAACAGCCUUUAAGAUAUGCCUCUCCCUAUAAAUGGUGUUUUUGGCCAUGUUUUGAACAAUGGAUAUGUCUGAGGAUGUAAACUUGAGGAUUCAUCUUAAACUUAUCUCAUCUUGCUUCUCCAUUUCACUCCAUCCUGUCCUGUUCUGGCUCAUGCUGGAUUAAUCUGCUGUUUUAGAGACCGCCAUCAGCAGCUGCAGCAGCGUUGUCCAGGUACUUUUCUGCAGAGGGCGAUGGUCAGUUCACCUCCUCUUUCACCAGACUCUUGUUAUUGUCACAGAUGAUGUCAUUUAAUAAUGACAAUUUAAUUUUCUAUACAAACUGUUAGCCCCAAUUUCCACCGCAUCUGGAACGGCUACAAAAAGGCCGUAUCUGCCGAUCGCAGCUGAUUGUAACCAUUCAAGUUACCUUGUUUUUCGCACUGUAAGGCGCACCUGAUCUUUCUACCACCGCACCAGGGCACAGCCUGCUGCGGAAACACAGUUACGGUCAGGGUUUACCAUAGCAAACUGGUCCAAACCAAACCAGGCUGCUCGGUGGAAUCGCACCAUUAAAGGUCAUGUUGCCUUUCAAAUAUAAUAUAUAAAUAUAUAAGAUCUUGGUUUUACAAGUAGCAGCAAUUGCAUCAGUCUCAGGUUGAACCGGACAGUUCAGUUUUUCAUCGCCUGCUCAGAUGGAUUCCUUCAGUUUUGGACACAAAGCUAAUAGGAAAAGGCUUUUAUUGUGGAAAUUGUAUUAGCUGGUGAACUGGUGGAACUGGAAGUGAACUGGUCUGAAACCCGCCUCUUGAGGCUAGUUGCUAUUUCCUUGCCUUGUGACACUGAACUCUCACUCCACUGUGGCUGAAACCAAACACACCCCGACACCACAUGACUGCACCUGCGACCCAAAGAUCUUUCACACGCUCGCAAGAAUCUGAGUUCACACACACACACAAACACACACAGGCACAGACCUCCUUGUGUGCCCUGAAUUAAAACCGCGCAUGCCUCUUUCAGACACACACACAGUCUAAUAUGAGCUCUCACCUCCACGCCACAGUGAAAGGUGAUUUGAAAUCCUGUUGGGUUGCUCAGUGGAGUUUAUCCGGCGCAGAUGAUCAGCUGGAAUUACUCUAUAACUCUUGAUCUUGUCCACCUGGGCACAGCUGAAGGACAGAAGCACAGGCUCUGAGGGCACUGAGCAGAUCUGCUCUGAUGAAAAUCACCAAAUCCAUUUAUUUUCCUCUAAAUUAAAAAGAAGAGACCCUUUCAAACUUUGCUCAAAUUGUCGCAGUAAAACACCUGUCUUUGCUUUGAUUGUCCUGUGGCCCCAGGUGAGCUCUGUGCUGUCUCACCUCCCUCAGCUGUCGCUCCUCUGGCCCUGGAUGAUAAGGAUGCCAUGCCUGACAAAUGGAGUCUUCUUCAAAAUGUGAUCUCUGACCUUAACCCUUCCAACCUCUUGUGUUUUCUUCUUCCUUUUCUCCUCCUGAAGUUGUCCUGUCAUGUGAUGAUUUCCUGUAAUAUAGACGAGCAGGUGUCUUGUCCUUGUACUCCUUGGCAUGUUGUUUUAUGCUUUACACUCAUGAUCUACUCUUCUCCUUCUUUUUCAAGGCCAAACUAAAAAAUCUGGCCUCAAUCAUAAACACGGAGGCCACACGAGUUUAACCUCGGCUCAUUACCUGCACAGAUGUUAGGAGCUAAUGGAGCAUGAAACAAGCAUCUGUCAAGAGCGCUGGAUAUGCAGUAUUUUUCGAUGCAGGAAAUGGCCUUAUUAUAAAUCAUGAUAAACAUUAAACCCCCAAUUGAAGAGAAGUAGAAUUCAGCAAUAAAAACGUGAUUAGCGUUCUCUAACCGCACUAUUACCACAUUAGACGUGCAACCUUUUAUGUUAUACUUGCAGGGUUUUGCAUUACAGCCGCUUUCCAUGCACUGAUAUGAAAUCAGAAAACACGUUGCAGUGAUCAGUAAAGCGAGUAAAUCUGCUUAUUCAUUUUCAUUGCCUCUAUCACGAUGUUCAAGGAAGUGUGAGUGUCUGCCAAUGGACUAGAUGAGAGAAGACAUAUAUGCUUCUGUUGUCAUUUUUAGGUUGGAAAGAAAUAGAGCGUGAUUUGGCAGCUAAAAAAUAACAUUACAGAAAGACAACAAGCUAGCAAACUCAAGUCAGCCUUUUCAUGAUGUCCAUGUUCUUAAUCUGAUGGCUAAUUAAAAGAACAAACACCGCCAGCAGCGGAGGAUUAUAAUCAGCUCGAGCUGAUUAGCAUUAACAGAACAAAACUUACAAAAAACAGACUGAAAAUUAAAGCUCCUGUGAGGAGUUUUUAGCUGCUUAUGAAAUUAAUCCUGAUGCUUCUGUUUGACCUAUAAAAGCAAAACAAACCAUCAGGUACAUGAUUAUUUAUUUUUGAGGAGUUAUUUUUAAUCCUAAUGCCAAAGAGUAGGUGUCAAACAAGGCGAUGGAAAGCCCUCUGCUGAAUCUUUCUACAUCUAUAUCAUUUUCUUGGCAAAGAUAAACAUGUUUAAUUUUUUGUCAGCAAAGAGAGAACACUUUAUUUGACGCCUAUGUCUAUAACGCAUUAUAGAUAUAUGUAUAUUGCGUUAUGAUCACGUUAUAGCACUGUAUAGAUAAAAACACUUAUAAUUGAUCAUAAUGCUUUGUAGCAAUAAUCAUAACACAUUAUAAAGCGUUUUAUCAUGACUUACAAGGUCAGGUAUUAUAAUGUGUUAUAACUGUGAACAACUCACUGACAAUGCCCACAUAGAUAAUGCAAUACAACUAUUGUUAACACAUUAUAAUACCUGACCUUGUAAGUCAUAAUAAAAUGCUUUAUAAUGUGAUAUGAUUCUUGCUAUAAAGCAUUAUGAUCAUUUAUGAGUGCUUAUAACAAUAGUUAAACAGUGCUAUAACGUGAUUAUAAUGCAUUAUACAUAUAUUUGUAAUGCGUUAUAAAGAUAGCCGUCAAAUAAAGUGUUAAAAAAAAUUCUUGAUUCACAGGGACACAAAAUUCACAACAACCCAAUAGUUCCUCAAGGGCGCUUCACACAAUAGUGUGUGUUUGGUAACCAGAGUGUUUUAUUUUAUAUUUUUCUACCUCCCUAUCAAAACAAGCUGAGUAAGUAUAAUCAUUAGUCAAUCUUAAAUUAGUUAUAUUCCAGUUAAUCACAUUUAUUAUUUCAGAUCAGGACCUCCACAAUUAAAUCUAGCACUUAGAUAAUCACUACUUUAAACCUAGACUAAAAACAAUUGGACAAUAAAGAUGGAGGGUCUUCUCUGACACAUUCAUCAUGACAUUGUUCUAGUUUUUUCUUCCCUGGUGAGCGACAGAAAUGAUUAUCAUGAGGCCUCAAAUCUACUUUAAGUUAAGAGCUACGUAUUACACUAAAUAUGUAUGGUAUCAGCCACUCGACUCCUCAAUAUUAGUAAGUGGCAAAGUGAACAACAGGGUAUGAUGGAGUAUUAAUAAGAAAUAAAAUCAUUACAUCCGAGAAUAAAGUUGUAAUUAAAUCAUUACUUUCGGGAACAAAGUCGAAAUAAAGUAAUAAAUAAAAUAAAAAAUAAAUAAAUUCUCAUGAAUUAACGACUUUAAUUCUGAAGUUUUUUUUUUUUCUUAAUGUGGCCCUAGUACUCCGUCAUACUUUCGGUACUGGUCUUAGCAAAUUAGUGAUGAAUUAAAUUAGUUAUAUUUUACACACGUAACACAGAGUAAAGGCGCAUUAAACUUUAUACAUUUUAUGUAUAACAUAUUUCUUCUAAUGUGUCAGUGUCCAUAGUUACAUAAUCCAGUUAUGCCUAAAGUUAAAGAAAAUUGUAUUAGUCUUUAAGUGAAUGUUUCACUUGUUGCACUGUGGCCCAGUGAGAGCGGCAAUAAUUGGAUUCUACCUGACUGACAUGCUGUUUCUGAGUCAUGAGACUUCAUAUUAAAAGCUUGUCAUCAGCACUCUCUUCUGUUUAUGGGGUAUGAUCGUAGCACCACAUAUCCAUGAUGCAAUUCUGAUCUAAUGGUCUGAAGAACUGAGAGAGCAUUAAACCUGAUUAGACGUGUAUAAUCUAAAGGAAAUAAAGGUUAACUUUGUGUUUCUUUAGUCAUUUAAGAAUACGAAUGUGUUAAUCAGAGUUUUAAAAAUUUAUUUUGAAGAACUGAAUUGCAGAUUAAUAAAAAUGAGACAUUUGACAUAAGGUCAUAUGUAAACAUGCCUUCACUCUCAUAAAAUGAUAACAAGAUGAUGUGAUAAUCAUGGACCCCAACCAAAGUAAACAACAACGGCAUCAUAGAUUUCUACUGAUCCUUCCUCUUUGCUGCAGUAUCUCACAUAACAAGUCAUAUUUAAGCUUACAUAAUGUUUAGUUAAUGUCUCAUUAGGCUGUAAGAGUGAAGGCGCUGUAAUUUAAAGAGCUACAAGUCAGUCGACUAAUGAUGAAGCCAGUUCCCAGAGGCUUUAAUGAGAGGAGGUCAAGUCUCAGAGGAGGAAGCAGCCUUUCACUUUUGAUCUGUCUGCCCCUCCCCCAACACAUCUUCCCGUGUCCCUCUCUCUCUCUCACUCUCGCUCUCUCCCACUCUCUCUCUUUCCCUCCCCUUGCAUCAUAUUUUCUUUCCGUCUAAGGCUUCAGUGAGUCAACCAAGUGAACUUACAGUCCUCUCACCAGCAGAGAUUACCAGAGGUGUUGGGCGCUCGGGAUGCUCCGUGAAGAGCACAAAUGUUUGGAAGUGUCGGUUACUGUCAGUGAGCUGCUGAUCUGUUCUUGUGAAGUCACAGCUCAGUGAGAGAAGUGUUCACUCUCCAAUCUGUGACUUUGGUUAGAUGUUAUCAAAUGCAAUGAAUAACAAGUUUAUUUUACAGGGUAAAAAAAUCACAUUUCUAUAUGUCAGGGGCCGACUGUUUACAUGCUGAUCACAGUGAUGCACGAGCUCAGACUAAUAAUACAUAAACUAAUGAUGGGAAUUUUCUCUUACACUGCAGAAAUUUGUGCUUCAGUGCUUGUUUUCUAUAUACUCAUUGCAUGACAUGAUGCUUUUCAUCAGCUUUUGCUUUCCGUGUUGCAUUCAAAUGUGUGUUUUUUUUCCAGUAUAUUUAUGGAGCAAACAAAAAGCACUAACAUGCCAGGAAGGAAGUUGUUUUUACAUUUUUUUAGGUCAUGGUAAAAAACCUUAAAAAAUGUAAAAAAAAAAAAAAAAAAAAAAAAAAAAUCUUGACAAAACGCUUUUUUUGGUCAUAGUCCCUAACUUGUUUUUUCUGUUUAUAUGUGUGUAUAUCUAUAUCUAUAGAUAGAUAGAUAGAUAGAUAGAUAGAUAGAUAGAUAGAUAGAUAGAUAGAUAGAUAGAAUUACUAUGUAUUACUAUUGUAAUACAUGAAUAAAAGUAAAAGGGAUAUUCCACUGUAAAAUUAAGUUGGGUCAAACAUACCAUAACACCCAGUUAGACACCCCAUCGAGAGAUGAAUGUUUUUCUCUAAUUAUCCCAACGUUAGUAACGACCGCAGAUAGCAAUACACAGCGUUCUCAGGAGCCAUACACUGAACCAAAACGCCACUCUAUAGCCACAAAUAAUGCUCAGAACAGCGCCUAACUUCAUCAACAGUACAUAUAGGGUCCCAGCCACAGUACUAGCCACCAAACAUCUUUUUAACUUUGCCUGAUUUCUUUAGCAAAGAGACUAAACACAACUCACCUACUCUCUUCCAGCAGCACCUUGUUUGUAGCCAGACCUCAGACCAGUCCAUUACACACUGCUCCGGGGUGACACAGCUCAAGGAAGAACAUUUAUGAUAAUUUCUUCAUGGAAAUGCAAUCAGACCGAGAUGCUAAGGCAGAAGAACUACCGCGUCUGCAGUGCAAAAUGAUUGAUACGAUGAAUAUUACUUUGAGGAAAUGAUAAAGAAAUGAUCCUUUAUGUUCUGUUGAUGAAGUUAGGUGCUGUUCCGGCAACAUUCAUCUCUCAAUGGUGUGUUUGACCCAAACUCAAUUUUACUCUGGAAUAUCCCUUUAAUGCUUCGACAUAAAUUGACAGGUUUAAGACGGGUCUGUGACAACAUUCUAUGACAACCUUAAGAGUCUGAUAAUUAAGAGUGUGUUCGCUGAAUAGACGAACCUCGACAAAGUCUGCAUACAGUAGUACAGAAAGUAAAUAUGAAACUUCCUAUAGAAUCCACUCUGUGUGAGCACAGUAUUAUUCUGAGUAAUGCAGAUUUUGACAGAAAGCUUCAAAGAGAUUUCAAACAUUUAAGCACUCUGUCAGCAGUGAAAAUAAAUGAGUCCAUUUUUUGAGUUUUCCUACACAAACACACUCCCCAUUAAAUCUGCAGGCAGCUGAGACAGCAGGAUCUAUAGAUGAAUCAGCAGCAAAAUGAAGGAUGGAUCAAUAAAAUAUUUGAAAACACACACACACACACUCAGUCACACAGAGAGAGAGUUUCAAGAUAAGAUGAUUUGAGAAGUUAGGUAUUAGUUGUUUUCACCUUGACUUUGUCUCACUUUCUACUCUCUGGUUCUUGUUUUUGUGUUUCAGUAUGAUCUACUCCCUGGUUACCUCAUAUGACUGAUAUAUCAGCACCUGGAGAAAUUAUAAAAACUCUGGAUACACGGACUGCCAUUGUCUUGGUAAAGAAACAGAAAUUCAAAGUAAAGAGGAGAAACGUAUUUUGCUCUGAAGCCAAACAAAGGACUGGAAGGGGGUCAAAAAAUCUGCCUUUUUAUUUCUGUUUUCUGUCUGACUGUACAUAAGACUGAAGACUUAAACUCCUGUUUACAGAAUGACUGGUCAAAGAGAGACCUGAGUUAAUCACUGCCUGGCCAAUGUUUGUACCACACACACAUAGAAACACACACACACACACUCACACACGCACAACAUACACAUCAACAGCCUCCUCUGGGGUGGCAUCACACUGACCAUAUGGUGCCAGCACCCGCAGCCCAGAGGACGAAGAGCACAGUAGCGUUUGCACAGUUUGUCUCAGGCACAGCAUGGUGAAGCACUGUCCAGCCCAGCACAGCACAGCUCACCAUCCCCUCAGUCAUUCCUCCUCUACGCCUCACCAACCGUAGCUUCACUGGUGAGCCAGAAACCAGACACAGAUGGACAAAGGAUUGAUGGAUCUCACUGUACAGACAAGCAACAGCUCUGAGAGAAACACCAGAGCAGCUCGUUCCGAAUAUUUUCCACCGGAUGGGCCGCACAGUCCGUGGGUAGUCUGUGGGUCUUUCUUUCUAAAAUUAAGUGAAUGGCUUUUGUGAUGUGUGCAUCUCAGUGUAUUCUUUAACAAAAGACAUUUGUAAUUGAUUUAUGAUCUUCAGCAAAAGGUACUCUAUACAGCAAAUGCCUCCUUAGUGUUGUCCUAGUGUUGUUCUGUUGUGGGGAACUCAAGCUAACAACUGACACCUGUCAAAGCUUUUUUAGUAGAGGAGCACACAUUAUUUGCACAAUCAGUGUAUUCGAUCUUGCACAAUAUUUGCAAUAUUUGGCUAUGUUUAGUAGAGAUCAUUUAUGAUAGUUUAGCCACACAGGUGAAGGUCUUCCAACAUAUUAAAGACUCUCUAGCUCUUGUUGAAGACAGGGAGGCAAUGUGAAACUUUUCUAGCUCGGAUUCACACCAUGGUCCAAAAAAAUGUUGUCCUACAGUAAAUAAAUGGGUUUAUUUAUGUUCAUUUGUGAGAUACAGAUGGCUUGCCUCCAUGUUUUGUCUUAAAUGAUAUAUUUUGUAACCAUACCAUAGUGAGAUGGGAAUAAAAUAAGGUCAUAAGGGUGCCUAGAGUCAAUCUGUCUUUAUCUCUGAUUUGAAUAAAGGCAAGUGUAGCAGAUAAGACAAAACUUCAAUAUAUAUAAGGAUUUGUUAGAGUUUAUUGUCUGUAUAAUGACCCCCAGAGGGAAAGUUGUUUCUUUCUACACGUAGGUCAAAGGGCAAAAGUUGGUUAAGGUGGGUGUGCUGAUCACAGAAACUUCUGCAGGGCGGGUGUUUGAACCUGCAACCAUUUGUAGCACAGUUUUCUAACCAUCAGGCCAUUCCUCGAGUCUUCACCAUUGUCUUCACACGAUGAGCUCGCCCUACAAGUCGACACUGUCAGCGGAGAGGACUGCCCAGUUCUUGUUGUUUUUUCUCUUACUCUAAUUCAAACAUUUUCUAUCCUUUCUGUGUAUGUGACCAAAAAAGUUGAAUUUAGAUAUUGUUUAUGAAAUAAAAUAUUCAAAAAUCAAAC